CUGCUCCCCAUCUUGGGCGAGGUAUACAGGUCUACCCCACCAGCCCUCGCCUCUCCGUUGGCCCCUGGCAGUUCUGAAGUCGACGAGCGGCUGUGUUUGAUAGGGUCACAAAGCACGUUGGAAGGACUGGCCAAUAGCUGCCGCCUUGCGUUUCGGGAAAGCAAAAGACUCGUGCAACAAAAGGCACUCGCUGGGAAUCGGGAUGGCGGGGCCGGGUCUCAAGUUACGGUGAUGGGCACCCCAAAUGCAUAUAAGUUAGCAGUUCGGUAAAACCGUAUGUCCAAACCACUUCUUCGUCACCAGGCCAGCUUUUAUCCUUUUUAUCACCACGCGGAGGCUUUUUGUUGCUGCUGCUGCUGCUGGUGGUGGCAAAAAAGAAAGAAAGAUGUUUCUCUUUUGCACCGUGGAGAAUUACGGAAAUGCCUUUCCAGCAGCGCAUGCACGUGCACUAGAACUGCCCGACUUCCAGCAACCUCUGGGGCUCUAGAAGUCAAAUCUCUUUUGCGGUUAGAGGUUGUAGCUUAAAGGCGCUCCCACCCGCACGGACACCCCGGGCAAGGAAUUCGCUCACCAGUUUUGUGACAUACCUUUUAUUAUUGCACUUCAUGCAAUGCAAGCUGGCUAGAUUUUUUGGGUUGCAAGUCGCUCUGAGUUGCCUUGGGCAAGAUAAAACGCCUCGCAAAUGCAAAUAAUAAUAAUAAUAAUAAUAAUAAUAAUAAUAAUAGAGCGAGGGACGGAGCUGCCGGUCAUCCUCUUUGGGAGGGGUACAGGAACAUUGUUCCUAUUUUUAUAUGCGGAAAUUUGAAGGUCAGGGUAGAAGAUGUAAGGGGUAUGUGUUCAAUGGCACUGCAUACCAUAUAGGCAUAAAAUCACCAAGUAGGGUUGCCACCUGUCCUUUAUCAUAAGGGAUUGUUCCUUUCUUCAAUAUGGGACUUCUCCCAUAUUUUGCUUGACCUGUCCCAUAUUUUGCCCGACCAAAGGUGGCAACCCGACCGCCAAGUGCCCUACUAUAGGAAGGAUCCAGGUGAAUUCCUACCUACUGGUGUUUAUUGUGAGUUGUUUUGUUAAAAUGUAAUUCAAUGUUGCCUGUAAUUCAAUGUUGCCUGUAAGACACGUUGGAAGGGUUUGUAUCCUAAAGACGGGGAUAUAAAUACUUGAAAUAAAUAACUACAGUUACCCCCCACAGAGCUACAAUUCCCAGCACCUUUAACUACAGUUCCCAGGGUUCUUUUGGGGGGCGGGGAGUGUGCUUUAAAUGGUGCAUACGCAGCCGUAGUUAAAUCUUCUUUCUCUGCCAGUUCUCCCAGGUUCCUUUUCUCCCUCCGGGCUUAUUUCUGGAGCCGGGCUUCUGGAGCACGCACCACCCACCCACCAACCUAAGGCCAUUCAGUCCAGAGUCCAAAAUUACCUGCACCCGCCGCGUGUGCACAGAAUCGCUUUACCAAAUCCGUAUCAAGUGAUCUGGACCCAUUAUGUAAAUAAGGUAACCUUCAUCCAGCGCGAAGCUGUGGUGGAAAGAGCUACAGCGCCCAGGGGCUUCUUAAAACCCCCUUUGCAGGCGUGGGUAUGUGAAGACGCUGCCCGCCCCCCACUUCGUGGCCAUUUUUUGGAAACCGGAGUGCUGGGGUCCAGGGUGACGGGGUACAGAAGAACACUAUAUCUCGCUAUAGCCGCGGGCCCUCCCAAGACUACAUUUCCCAGACUCCCCUAGGUGGGCGUGGCGCGUCAUCCUCAGCCGUUGUGCGCCGAAGCUGGGCCUGUGGGAGGGAGGGAGGGAGGGAGGGAAAGAGCGGCUGAGGCGCCUGAGAAGAAAGCGCGGGGCUUGGCCGGGCCGUUAACGAGCGCCGGGAGAGCGGGUUCGCGCGACCCUUCGGGGCCGCGGGCCGGCCCCGCGUCCCUCUCCCCGCCCGUGGGGGCAGGUAAUGCAGCUGAGGCGCCGGGGCGUGGAGGGAGCCCCUGUGGAGGAGGGCCGGGGGGCGGUUCAGCCGCGGGCGCGCGGCGUUGGCGGCGCUGACCGUUGGGGCGGCCGGGAUCCGAGAGCCGGGAUGCGUCUGUCAAGGUUGGGGGUGGGGCGCGGGGGUUGUUAUGAGGGACUCGACGGUUAUGGGGGCCGGGGAGAAGUCCCUGCAGGGAGAGAGAAAAUAUACCUAUAGAGAGAGACGCGGCUGAGGGGUGUGACAGGCUCGCAUUGUGAGCGCUGCGGAGCCCAGGGGCUUAAGGGGAGCUUGGUGCAUUUGUUUAUUCUGUCGGGGGUCAAUCUGUCUGCCAGGGCCGACCCGAGUCGUUUUGCUGCCUGAGGCGGAGCAGCAGAUUUCGUACCCCGCCGCCCUCAACACACGCACGCGCGCGCGCUUCUCCCCCCGGUGUCAAGAGUGCAAAGCCCUCAAGCCAUGCCAAGUUGUUUUGGCGCAUGAGGCAGAAGAUCCUGCAAAAGGCCUGUCCUCCUUCCUCUGCACCCCCUCCCCGCCCCGGCGGUCAAAAUACGACAAUAGCUUUUAAACGGUUUGGCGUUUGCUGCCCCUCCCCCUCCCAAAAAACAUUGAUCUGCCCAAGGGUGCCGUUUAACGCACCCAAUGGUAGUGCCACCGUUCCCAAAUAAAUGCCCGUGGCAGUCUUAAAACAGGGCAACCCUCUCCUUUCCUGGACAGUGUGUAAAGUUGCAUUUUGCAGUAUUUUCUAGGCAUGUGGUUUUUCUGCACUGGGGUGCUAGUUCUGUUUUGGGGAGGUGGGAGCUCUAUGAGUGUUCAUUAGGAUGGUAUAUGAGAAAAAUCAUAUAAUAAACGCCUGUUAUCCCUAAAGUUUUAUGGAGUUUGGUUUUCUGCUUUUUCCUUUCUUCGUUGGGGCGUUCUUCUGCGUUAUUAUUAUCAUUGUAUAAUGCAGCACCAUCAGUGUACAUGGAACUGAGAUGCAUGAGCAAAAUUGACAGUGUCCCCAGUAUAGAACAGUAUAGAACAGAUAAUGGUUAAAACAAGAGGAAGUGGGGCAUGGAAGGAUGAAUGUAGUAAAAUGCUGUUGCUAUACUUAGUUGGAAAUAAAGGAAUAAACCAAAGGCUUAAUCUGGAAUAAUCCUGGGUCAGUAGUCAUCUAUGGACACAGUGUUUUGACUGACUGAACCUCCAUUUCACCUAUUGAUAUGUGCUGAAAAUGUGGAUUUUUCCCCUCUUUCUGCUACACUUAACACAACUCUUGGUACUUUUAUAUAUUUAAGAACCCCAUUGUUUUCUUCUUUAUUCCCAAGAAACUCUGGAAUAACUCUUAAUUCUAAUGUAGAUUAGAACUCCCAUCAACAUUCUCAGAAGAAUGGAGAAAAUAUUCCACCUGUCAUGUCUAAAGCAUCCAGAUACAUUGUACAUUGAGCAGGACAAAAUUCAGGUCAGCAAAUCCUGGAGAUGGCAACUGAAAUUCAAGGGCCGGCAUGUUAAAGGCUUUCUUAUUGUCUGUAUCCCUGGAAGCUACAGACUUGCUUAAACAUUUAUGUUCAUCAUUUGGUGAUUGCAGCUUCAAGUAUACAUUGGAUGUGUGAAUGAACCAUCACAGAUAUUGCCCCUCAAAUAGGACUUUCAUAUCACAUCAAAACAACAGAAUUGUUCAUACAGUGUCUUGUUUAAAGUUUAGAAAAACUUAAGUGGUAAGCAAGCAUGUCUGAAUCAAUUCUGUUUGUUCCCAGUUGAGGUCAGAUUACUUUUCGAAUCUGCCAGAUAAGCAGGAUCCUGUUGUCUGGGUGUGAUACUUUUUCUUAUAAUAACUUAUCCAUAAUAAACUCAAAUUUUAUUCCUGCACGCAACUCAAAAACAAUGGUUCCUGGGUCUUUUAAACCUGUUAAUCCCUUUGUAAACAAGCCUCAUGUGCCACAUAUGCACAUAAAACUAGUCAUCUACCACUCACCUUAGCUUUUCCUAAUUGCUUCUACUCCCAGUGUGACUUAGCAUGGUGCAUACUCAUGCUAAUAUGAAUAAGUUAUACCAAUGUGCUUAUGCCUUUUCGGCUGAUAGCUGAGAAGCACAUACAGUGGUACCACUGGUUGUGAACAGGAUCCGUUCUGAAGGCCCUUUCGUAACAUGAAAAGCCCGCAACCUGAAACGCCAUAUCUGCACAGGUGCGCGGCGCUAUUUGGCACUUGUGUGCAUGUGCAAAGCACGAUUUAGCGCUUCUGUGCAUGCGCAAGCAGCAAAACCCGGAAGUAACCCUUUCCGGUACUUCCGGGUCACCGCGGGACGCAACCUGAAAAAAUGUAACAUGAAGCAAAUGUAACAUGAGGUAUGACUGUACUCACUUAGGCUGUGGUCCUAACCGCAAUUUGAAACAAGUUACUCAUAACUUAGGAGAAAAAAGAUACGAGAUCAGGAUUUUAGCAUGUAUUAGUUACAUAUCGCAUACUUUAACCACCCUGCCAAGCUCAAUAAUUUAUUAUUCGUACCCUGCCCAUAUGACUGAGUUGUCCCAGGUGGGUGACAUAAUAAUGCCCCAGAUGGGUGGCAUGCUAAAGCAUCAAACAUUAAAAACUUCCUUAUACAGGGCUGCCUUCAGAUGUCUUCUAAAAGCUGUAUAUUUAUCUCCUUGACAUCUGAUGGGAGGGUGUUCCACAAGGCAGGCACUCCAUAGAGUGGCUAAAGGCAGAGUGGGGGAGUACUUUGAUCUUUUUUAUGAAAAACAGAAUGUGCAACAUUGAAGUAAUAGUAGUACCGUAAUUAAGGAUUUUAAUAACUAAACCCAAUUUAGCUCUUGAGUUCAGUAGCACCAUUAAGACUCUUUCUGCACUGCAACUUAGAAUUCACUUUAAUUUCAUGCUGUGUCAGUUUGCUGUAUUUAGUUUGUUUCUAUUUAGCGUAGAUGUUGAUUAAAGCACAUUAGUAUCUGGUUGUUCAUACUUUGCAGCGCUACAGUGAAUUUAUGUGAUGGGUUUUUGAUGGAAGGAAAAAAACCCACCUUUUGACAUUAACCACCAGAGUGCUUUAAGGAAUCACAUUUGAGUGCUGUAAUUAUAGGCAAAUGAAAAUAAUGUAUCCUUAAUGACAAGCCAGACCCACAUACUUUUGGAAAAGUUAGAAGUGUUCACAUUUUCUUUUUUCCAAGUUAAAAUUACCAUACAAAGGAUCCGUGAUUUCACAUUUAGAGCUUUGUUCAGAGUUUCUGUAUCCUGUAGAAGUUGCAGCUGCUUCAGUCUAAAUAUGUAAUAAUGCAACUUUGAUGGUAACUGAAACAUUGGCAAUACUAGUGCUGUUUUUAUUGAAGUGGGCAUGCAGCUAGGUUUCAAAUAUUUUGUCUUUAUAUUUUGACUGCAGAACCAUUCUGCUUCACUAAGAACGGCAUCACUAAUUUGGGUCUGUCAUCGUUUUGUCUAUAGCUUGAUUUUAAAAUGGUUAGUUCUGGGUAUUUAGGCUGACUUCACUUUUUGAGCAGUUGUCUAAUCUCAGAAGGUGCAGCUGUGUGUCUUGUUUAAGCUAGAAGGCAAAGUGUUGGGUUGCUUGCCCUUUCCAAGACUGUGCAAAUGAAGUAGCUUUACCAGGUGCAUAUUCCCUCAUUUACCGUAGGUUGUUUGGUAAGCCCUUAUUUAUUAAUCCUGAAGUUGUUAUUGCUGUCAGAAUGAAUUCUAAGAUGUCUUUCUCACUAUUUUUGAAGCACUCUAUAAAAUCACAUGUUCCUGUAUCACAUGUUUGUUUUGAUAUGUCAGCUGUUGAGCUUUCAGCCAAACAAGACUAUUUUAAUUUGCUACUUUUGUAUAGAUUAUUAUGUAUUAUCUGCAUUAAAAGGUUUUGGGGAUACAGUAUUGUGAACUUGUUAUGUGAUAAAUGCACACCUUUAUUCUGCCCCUUGUAGACAUGGUAGGCAGUCGCCCCUGCCAAUCAGAAUUUGUCACUUCUACACGUAACACAGAGUAAACAUCCACUUGAUACACAAAUCAAGGAACACACAGAGUUUCACACAGGACCUUAAUAAAGUACAGUCAUACCUUGGGUUGCGAACGCUGCGGGUUGCACGUUUUCAGGUUAUGGACCGUGCCAAACCCUGAAGUACCGGAACAGGUUCCUUCCAGGUUUCGGUGCUUGUGCAUGCGCAGAAGCGCUAAAUCACACUUUGCACAUGCGCAGAAGCACCAAAUUGCAUCGCAUGUGCACAGAUGCGGCGCUGCGGGUUGCAAACGUGCCUCCCGUAUGGAUCACGUUCGCAACCUGAGGUUCCACUGUAUUUUUGAUAAUGUGCAGAGCGUUAGAUACUUUCCCUUGUGCUUAUUAUGAUGGUACUUGGCAGGUUUACUGACUGCAUUCAUUCAGUUAGCUUUCUUGCCCAUAAAGAGACCUUGUACAUACCGUAAAUAGCAUGUUAGACUCUUGGCAGAAAUGAAGCAUAUUGUAAGAGUAUUGAUUUGCUAAAUACUUUCUAUGCUGUUCUAUCAUUUUUCAUGUGUGCAUAUGCAGGAGUUAGCUGCAGUAAAAUGGAAAAAGAAAUUUUUGGAAAGAUGCAGACAGGGAACUGAAUUUGUAAAACAAGCUCCUGAAGGAAAUUGUUGUAGUUCUCUUUUGCAUAAAGUUAGGUGAGAGCUACUUCUGAAAUGUGUAUAGGCAAAUUGUGUGGACUGAAACUUAGGGUUGUAUUCAGCUUAACACUAAGGAGAACAUUCUCCUCCUUUCCCUGCACACUCCUUAAGUCUGUUUUGGGGGUCCCCCCAAUCUUCCAGAGCAAAUCUGGGGACAUCACAAAUACCACCUACUAGCAGUGCCUGUUUUUCAUCAGGAUUCACCCUCAGUUAACUGGCAAUCAUCCAACUCAAGGCAUAUUGUUCUAAGCUAGUUAGCUAUAUAAAAAUAAAUUCAUUACAUUGUGAUAUAAAGGUUUUUAAGUCUCUGUGAUAGUUAAUGUGUUUGAGUUUCUUCCAGGAUAACUAGAACAGAAUUUCCAUAGAUAAUUUUCAUGGAAAAUCUCUUUAGAGCAGGGGUGAAGAACCUCUGGCCUUCCAGAUGUUGCUAGAUUCCACCUCCCACAAUCUCUUACCAUUGUCCAUGGUGGCUGGGGCUGAUUGUUGGAAGUCCAACAACAGCUGGAGGGCCACAGUCCAUUCCCCCCCUCCCCGCAUUAGAGAAGUCCAAAAUACUCAGGCUUUGUUUCUUUGUCCACAACCUUCUAUGCCUGGAGUCUGAACCUUUCCUGUGGCUCCCCCUUUCUUAGGUUAUUGCUUGAAGUCUAUGCAACCCUAUAACCUGGCUGAUUUUUUUCUGUGUUGCAAGAUCAUGGUGGUGGUGAUGGGGUGGGAGCAACUUGAAAAGGUAAAAGGUGCGUUGAGAUUGAACAGGUGCUUCUGUCACUGGCAAACAAGAGCUGCCCUUCUGUUUGAAUAUAGCAGUUUCUUCUCUCUGCUGUUCAGAUGACUAACGGUGUUUAUGGAAUUUCUGGCUUGCUUCAUGACUUCUGUUUAUAGCAAGUUUCUCCUGGAGACGUGCAUCUAACGCACAUCCCUCUAAGAUUCCUGGGAUCUUUCCUUGAGGAAUCAAAUGACUGUCAAAUUGGGUCUCUUGGGGUUUGGGGGAUGGAAUCUUGACAUUGUGGUCUUCUGAUUAGUAAUUUAAUAGGAGGGAUCUAUAAAUCAGCAUAAUGUCAUGGAGUGGGAGGCUAAUCUCUGUAGGCUAUGGAGAAGGCAUCUUUUGUGUGUCUAAAUGAGCUCUGUCACAUCUCACCUAAAGCAUCUAACACAGUAAUUUACAAUAUAAUACAAAAAAAUUAAAAUCCAGACGUUGACAUCAGAAGCCAAUUAAGACUCACACCAGUAGUAAAAAUAAUAGCUAAGACUGCAAGGAAAAGCAAAACCAAAAUGAUCCCCAAAGAUCUGCAAGUAUUGUUCCCUUCACCUGAUGUCCAAAUUUUGUAUGUGCCAAUAAAGUGGCACUGGAAGGAGAGCAUUCCACACUUAGGGCACUACCAUUGAAAACCCCUAUCUCUAGUAGUCACCUACCUCACUUUCAAAGUUGACAGAGAUUCUGUCACAGGUCUUAAUGAGAGAGCAGGUCUGUGUAGGAGUAGACAGCCCUUCAGAUAACUUGAUGCCAAGCUGAAUAGGUCAUUAUAGGUCAAAAUCACUACAAUAUGUUGAAUUGUACCUGGAAGCAAGUUGGAAGCCGGUGAAGAUAUUUUUAAGCUGAUGAGUUCUUCUGAAUGGCCGAUAUUAGUCAGUAAUCUGGCUGUUAUAUUCUGAAACAAUUGAAAUUAAAAAAAAAUCAAGGACAACCACAUGUACAACAUACUGUAUUGCAGCAAUCAAGUCUGGAUGUUAAUCUGGAAAUUUUCGAAAUUCUGUAGUGUUUGCUUAUCUCUGAUGUCAGAAUGGCCAUACAGCAUAACGGAAGGAGGCCAAGGAAGAGAGAGAGAAAAAACCCAAGGUUCCAAGGCACCUGUGGGUGCUUAGCUGAGGAGGAGGAUGAGCACUUGACUGGCAGGUGCUGCUUGAGAUGGGAAGCUAGAUUAAAUUCAUGAGGUGGAAAGAGUUUGGGACUGGGUAGACUUGGUGUGGGUGGUGUGUAAAUGUAGCUUGCUGUAGAGGUUGGUUCCUUUUGAUUUUAGCGUGGACUGUAUCUUAUUAAGUCAGCUUACAUAAGUGAUCAGAUGUAUGACCUUUUCUAUGUCAGUCUUUUCACAGCUGGUAUUCCUACUAAUGGGUAUGGACAGUAUCCCUUUCUUGUGGCAUGUCACUUCAGUCUUGCUAAAAAGGAGGCACUGAAUCAGAAAGGAUUAAAACACCUGCAGUGUGUUGUCAAACACAAGGAAAUCUGUUGCUCCUUGGCCAAUAGCAAAGAGAAAAUGAGGUUGAGGGGCUUACAAGGGUAGCAGGUUCAGUAGUUACAGCUGAGGCUACAUGACAGCAGCUCAGCUGUUGCCCCAACCCCUAUAUGAUAUGCAUAAAGGUUUUGCUAGAAACAGCUUGGGUUUUGCUCUGGCAGUUCGGUAGUUUAACAGUGCAAUAUCCUCUCUGCAGUUGUUAUCCCCUCACUUUCACUGCAAUUUCCAUUUCCAUUAAAAAUGGGAAAUGGCUCACUACUUGAGACAUGGAAUGAGCUUGAUUAGUACAUUCAGCCUUGGGAAGAUCUGUUUUCAGCAAGCCCUUCUUAGGCUUCUGGUUGCUCUGCAUUUUUCUGGCAUGCCAUACCUUACCCUGUUAUUAUGCUAUUGAUAGGAAACUUCUAUUGUGUUUUACUUUGAGAAACUAACCAUGAAGUGGCUUCACAUCUGUGGACACAUUCUACUACUUUGUAUGUCUCAUUUGUUUUCUGGGUGCUAUUCCAUGGUGGUUCUUCUUGUCCCUUAUGUACUAUGCUGUCUCCAAAAAAGUGAAUAAGGGCAAACUAGAUUCUAGAAGUUUGCUUUUGCAGCAAUUAAUUUGACUGUGUACAGUCCAUAUUGCCCUUGUUUAAAGUUUAAGAUGCUGGAUCACUCUUUGAGAGGCUGACUGCUCUGAGAUUUUUGCUGUACAUGGACAAAAUUAUUCUUUCACAUUCAAGAACAUGUGGUGGCAUACCAGUGACUUUCAGAAGGCAUCCUCAAUCUGAAAGCAGUGACAUGAGAAUGAUCCCUGCGUCCUGGAGAUCUUAGAAAUUUGCAAGUUUCUUGUCUUAUUUUAGCAGCAGCAUGAGUAACUCAGUCUCCCUAGUAAUUAGGCAAGUGUCAGCAUUGCUGCUCCUCAUUAUGAAAGGCCACUAACCAUGCCUGUGUUGACACUGGCUUUCAUUUCCUGCUGUCUUGGAAUGAAUAGCCAAUGGAGUACAUAAAUGUCAGGAGUGAGAAAAGUUGCUGGAUUGUUAUUCUGCUGGAUGUAACAGUGAGUUGGGAUGUGCCUGAAAUAGAACAGUCUAUAUGGCCGGCCUCAAGCUGACUGGAUCUAUUUUUAAGUGCUACUAAACCACGUAGCUGGAAACACAGCUUUUCAGGUUACAUAUUCUCAAGGACUGAGACAACAACAUGGUAGGGACACGUCCUUUGCGUGCACUUGAGAAAUAGUGGGUGCAAGAUUGCUUUGGUGUUUGGGGGAAGAGAGUGUGUGAAGAUGAGUGAAGAUUUUGUUUGCUUCUUGCUGGGCUCAUUUGUUCUGGAACAUAAAAGAGAUUUUGACCCAUAUAUUUCUUAAAAUUUUAAACUGCUUUACUUAUAGAGCUAACUUUUGUCUGUUUCUUUUAGGACUGGUGUUUCUGCUCUUUUUGGAGCUAUACCUUAGUACAUAAUCUUCCUCUGUUUACCUUGCCUCAGUUGCCCUCUCCCUUUCUCAGUUGUCUCCCUCUUAGUAGAUUUUUCAUUGUAAGCUCCUUGGGCCAAGGAUUUGUCUUCUUAUACUUUCUAGUAUACCAUAUGUAUGAGUUUGGGGCAGGGUUUGGUGGUGGUGUGUUCCUUUCCUGGUUGUAGAUUUCUGACGCAUCCAUUCACUGGUCAAGACUGUUUUUAAAAUAUUGAAAACUUAUGUACAGUGCUACCUUUAUCAUUUUUUCAUUAUUAUUUUUUUUGCCGGAGGCACAAAAAGCAAUAAUUUAUAUUAACAAUAUUUGUAUCAUUCUUAGUACAGUACAAACUGAUAUAUUACAUUUGGCCACAAUUGUUUAUUGUUUCUAUAGUCAACAAAACUACCUGACUGUUAUCAUAUUUUUGUCUUCUCAUGUAAAUCUGAGAUAAUGGGUUAGUUUGGCCAUAGCAGCAAAUUCCCGAAGUUUCUCCACACAUUCUUUACUGGAUAGUGUGUUAACUGAUCCCAUGUCUUACCAAAAAUAUUAUUGGUGUGGCUAACAUAAAAGAAACAAAUUUGUUAAGUUCUGAUGCCCCCAGCUUUCUGCAUAGUUCAGUUUUUAAAAAAACCUGGAUGGAGAGGAAUUUUAUCACCUAAUAUCUUUUUAAUACAAUUUUAAAUAUUAUUCUAGUAGUUUUUUGACAAAUCACAUUUGCACCACAUAUGGGGGUGGGAAUCACCUUUCUGUUUUUGGCAUUUCUAACAUGUGAUAGGAUAAAUUUCGUUAAUAUUUGUAUCUGGGCUAAAGUGAUAUGCCACAUACUUAUCUUAAAAUAGUUUUCCCUUGAAUAUAAGCAGAUUUUUAACCAUUUUAAAAUAUUGAAUAAAAUGAAUACUAGGUUCGAGGUUGUGCCAUCACUUGCAUUCGGUUCCUUUGUCUUCUGGCUGAGAUUCAAGAUGCUGACUUCAGUUUAAUCUAAAUGGAUAGGUUCCUACUUACCCUGGAGCAGGAGUGGGGAACCUAUGACCCUCCAGAUCUUGCUGGACUAUUGGGAGGAAUUCAGUGUGUGCUAAAGUGAUUGUUUUAUAAGGGAAGCAUUUGGGAUUGACAGACAGAACAGUGUCCCCUCUCCUCUCCCCAGACACUCUUCCAAGAGUUCUCCCUACCUCCUUGAGCCAAUUUUUUGGGGGGGGGCAUGUUGGGGGGAAGUCCUGCUGCACAAGAGGAAGUUCUUUUGCAGGCCUUCUGUUGAUGGGAUUCAUUAGCUGAAUCCCACCCAUUAUUAUUUUUAUUUAUUACCUGUCCUAUACCCUAAGGUCCCUGGGCAGAUUACAACAAUUUAAAAUGUAGUUUAAAACAGUUUACCGCAACUCUCAUAACCCCUGACUAAUGACCAUUCUGGCUGGUGCUGUUGAGAGCUGGAAAAUAUCUGGAGAGCCGCAUAAUACCCUUCACUGCCUUAGGUUUCCUUCUGUCCUACCUCCAGUUGCAGUCAGUCACAAUCACUUAACCUAUCAGAAAGUAACCUCUUAACAAGAACAGCAUUGCUCCAAAUCACGCUAUCAAGUCUACAGGGAGCAUUCCUAAGUACCAGAAAAAAAUAUAUAAGGUAGUCACACUCACACUCAUUUCACAGUAAUUGUUUAGAAGGUACCUGAAUGCUUUGCCCCAUGACUUUCUUUCUAGGUGGGCUACAGACUUACUUAAAAAAGAAAAAAGAAAACUCCGUCAUUGAUCCCUGGCCACAGGCACAUAUACCUUAAAAUUUAACAUGUACCUAAAACUUGGGAUAAUUCUUUCAGUCCUUCUCCCUACCUGCAGAAAUCCCGAAUUGCAUUUCUUAAUUGCAUGCAUGUUAAAAGAUGUGCAUAUGAUGUGCUCAGUGCUUGAAAGGCAAGUAUGAUGGAUGCAUAUGUAGAAUUUUUCCAUGAAGGAGCUCCCCCACUAAGGCCCCAAUUACUUGUUUGGGAAACUGAACUAUUCUUCAUUUUCCUCUAUAGUGAAGCUUAUAAAAUGCAUAUGGAAAAUAGAUGUUAUCAUUAUUUAGAAAUGGCUUUUCUAUGCACUACGAUAAACUAGCUUUUCCUCUUAGGAUUCUGAUCUUAUACAGCUAUUGUUGUGCUCCUAACUUUAUACAUUCAGCCAAUAUUUUUCUCUCUUGAAAUAAAAAUAUAUAUUGUAGGCACCUUCAUUCCUCAUGUUACAUUUUGUCAGUGUUUUUAACAUAUAUACCAUAAAAAGGUAAGAGUAAAAGACCCCUGACAGUUAAGUCCAGUCGCAAAUGACUCUGGGGUUGCUGCGCUAAUCUCGCUUUACUGGCCAAGUGAGCCGACAUUUGUCCGCAGACAGUUUUCCUGGGUCAUGUGGCCAGCAUGACUAAGCCACUUCUGGUGAAACCAGAGCAGCACACGGAAACGCCAUUUACCUUCCCGCCGGAGCGGUACCUAUUUAUCUACUUGCACUUUGAUGUGCUUUGAAACUGCUAGGUUGGCAGGAGCUGGGACCGAGCAAUGGGACUUCACCCCGUCAUGGGGAUUCGAACCACUGACCUUCCGAUCGGCAAGCCCAAGGCUCAGUGGUUUAGACCACAGCGCCACCCGUAUCCCGUAUAAUAUAUAUAACAUAAAAUCAUGGAAUCACAUGUUGGAUCUCUGCCUCUUUCUUAACCAUGUUACCUUCUUUCAUCAUGCAUUUUAUACUAGAAUUUUCACCUCUUUUCUUUUAAGAAUUUAUAUAUUUUAGUUCACCAGACAAAGGGAAAGUUUUCAAGUGUUAACAUCUGGUCUGUGUGUUUGGGGUGGAAUACUCUAAUCUAAACUAUAUUUGGCUGAUGCUAAUUGAUUUCAAAUUUUUUGGAAAAUUAGUUUCAGUUGCUUUAUUGGCCCUCAUUGCAAGCCCUCUGCUUAGAGAACACAUUUUGUUUUCCUAUGGAUAUUUCCAGUUGACUGGACUGGUGCUGAGUUUGUUGCCACAGACAGGAGAUGAACAGUUAAACAAGUAGAGAAUAUUCUGUUCCUUGGUUUUAAAACUCCUACAUAGUUCAAACACCUGAUGAGAAAAGCUCUCUCUAAGUACUCUAAGAUUCCAACUUCACGAAGUCUUUUGACAAGGUUUCAAGAACUCCCACUACAGUCAUCACACAGCAGAAGACAGGUCUUGAUUUUCCUUCUAUUUUGGACACAUAGCUGGAGAGACGUGUGUGGGCUUAAAUCUCUAACCACUGAUUUUCUCCAAGGGAUUGACUUUUGAAAAUGCUUCUUUAAUAAGCAGCCUGCUUUUUUCUUGCUUGUGUGUGAUGAAAAGCCAGACACAAAGCUCUAAAUCAUUAAAGAGGAUCUUUACCCUUCAAGUAAAACUAUAUAUAUAUAUUGCCUGGACUCCUAUUACAUAAGAGCCUUGCUGGAUCGGAUCAAAGGCACAUCUAGCUUACCAUUCUUUUCUCACAGUGACCAACCCAGUACUUCUGGGGAGUCCUCAAGCAGGACGUGUGAGCAACAGCAGUCUCCCCAUUUGUUCUUACUGGUAUUCAAUGGCAUACCGCCUCCAAUACUGGAAGUAGCACACAACCAUCAUAACUUGUAGCUUUUGUUAACUAUCUCCUCCAUGAAUUUUUCUAAUCCCAUUUUAAAGCCGCCCAAGUGCUGGCCAUCUUGUAGUAGCCUAUUUCAUAGUUUAAUAAUGUGCUGUGUGAAACUGCACUUCCUUUUGUCUGUUUUGAAUCUUUCAGUUUCAUUGGAUGAUGCCAGGUUCUAGAACACUCUUUGGUUAGGCAUUAAAUAAGUGGGGUACUGCAGGGUUCUGUCCUGGGCCCAGUGUUUUUCAACAUCUUUAUAAAUGACUUGUAUGAAGAAAUAGAGGGGGUGCUCAUCAAACCUGUAGAUGUUACCAAAUUGGGAGGGGUAGUUAAUACCUCAGAAGAUAGAAUCAGGAUUCAAUAUUACCUUUACAGAUUGGAGAACUGGGCCAAAACUAGCAAAAUGAAUUUCAAUAUGGACAUAUGUAAGGUUCUAUAUUUGGGAAUAAUCAGAUAGGGUAUAGGGCAGGGGUCUGCAACCUUUAAGACAAAAAGAGCCACUUGGACCCGUUUCCAAAGAAAAAAACAACUGGGAGCCGCAAAACCAUUGUGACAUUUAAAGCAUGCGCGCCGCUGCCCUCCGAUCUGACAGCGGGUGGGAAGGUGACGUCGGGACGGUGCGUGACUAACGCACGCACCGCCCCUAUGCGACGUCACAGCCAGUACAGCGCCCGCCACAGUGGGGAGUGUCGGGGCGCACAAUGCGCCUCCUCCCCUCGCUAGUAUCCGCCCCGGAGCCGCGGCAAAGGUGUAAAAGAGCCACAUGUGGCUCCGGAGCCGCGGGUUGCAGACCCCUGGUAUAGGGCAUUGUAGGAUAAGGCAUUGUAGUGACUUGACUGGUAACUGCCCCACAUAGAGAAAAAAGACUCGAAUUGUAAAUUCAUUUGAUGCUAUUAAUUUGCCAUGAACAGUCUCUUUGUCUUCUGUUAAAACAAAUAAUUGCUGUACAACCUGAUGGGAACAUCUUUUCUCUUUACCAUUACUGUUGUUGAGUAUGAACUCUGUGAAAUGAUGACUAGAGGGAAAUGCUUAUUCAUGCUGCCCUCCUGAACUACUGAGACAUAGUUAACACUCCUGUUUUUUGAAUGAUUACAUAUUUCACCUUUUCUGAUUCAAUAAAUACUAUUCCCUAUCUUAGAUAUGUAGCAGGAUAACAAGAAAAAACUAAUUGCUUUCUCCCACCCAAGAGGAACAAUGUAAUGCAAUAUUCAAAGAGGCAGUUAAAACCAUGUCCAGUGGGAAAGCUGUUGCAUAGAGGAAGACUCAUAUUCAUUUUACAGUGGGCAUAAUCAGUUGCAUUUUGAAGAUUUGUAAAUUUGUUGUCUUUUUCAGAGCUCUGUGGCUACAUACCAACAUGGUUGGUAGCCCUGUUGGCAUGAAACUCUGAUGCCCCAACCCCCUUCUUGGAGGGACUGAGCACUUGCAAAAGGGAAUGUUACGGUGGACAGUGCAUUUAGAAGGUGGGCCCCGGAGAGUAAACCACGCUGCUGUGGCUGUUGGACACAAAGUCUACUCUUUUGGCGGUUACUGUUCUGGGGAAGACUAUGAGACACUGCGACAGAUCGACGUUCAUGUAUUCAAUGCAGGUAAAAUGAGUGUGGCUGCAAAGGACCUGAACAAGUAGCACUUUCAUACGAUUGAAUGUUGUGAUUUUGAGAUCUUUAAAUCCAAGGUCCACGUGCUGUUGCAAACAAACCCAGCUGCCUUAUUUAUUCAGUAGUAUUCAGUUAGCUGUUAAACAUAGAUGAGGUCAAUGAGAAUUUAAAAAGUAUCAAAAGCGGGAAUUGUUCUUAAGGAGCAUGGAAACCAGCCAUUUCACACAACAUGAACAUUAUAUUUAUUUGUUGUUUAUCAUUUAUAUAUCAAUAUUCAUUAUAAAAAAUAUUAGAGCCAUGAACAAGAGGUUAAAACUUAGAAUUACAAUACAUUAAAGUAUAAGAUUGCAAUAAUAAUAUAUAGCAGUAAACAAAUCAAUGCAUAUAUUUUUAUAUUAAAAAAAACACAUGUAUGCAUCUUGCUGAAAUUUCACCUCUUUGGGAGCUACUUUCUGUCUAGGAAAAGUAUUGUGUAUGAAGUGACCUUUAGUAUAUCAUCAGAACAAGUUUGGGGAACAAAUGUUGGAGCAAAGCUUCGUUGUAGGAAGUGCUGAGGGAGGAAAAACUCCCUGAUUUAUGAUUUCCCUUUCCAAGAUAUUUUGAUAACCUUUAGGUUGCCUUGGAGAAGGAAUAAUCCUUAAAAUGAGUCAUUGGUUGGGAAAUGAUUUGCUGCUGUGGAAAGAAAUGGAACAUUAUUUACUUGUUUAAGCCAGAAGUUAUACUGUAUUAAAAAUCAAACAUAUUUGCAAAAACUCAAAGGGGUUAUAAAAACCGUCAAUUGUGUGUCCUAGGAAAAAAGAGUUUCACACAUUUGCAGCCGCAAAAGUAAAGGCGAUUACUUUUUAAAUUAGAUUUAUCUUUCUGAUGGCUGACAGAACUUCAUUUAUUUUAUUUUUUUCUUGCUAGAUCAACAUCCCUUUCCAAAAACAAGCUAUCCAAGUAUUCAUUGCUUUGUCUUCUUUAUACAGUGAACACUGGAAUAAGUGGUAGAGCUUCAAUAACACUAUAAAUAUGGGAUCUUAAAUUGUAAGGGCUUUCCCUAUAACUACCAUUCUGAACUGGAGUACAUAUCUGCUGAAAUUACAAGAUGGUCAAAAUAUCCCUUAUUGAUUAUUUAGUAAGAAUCUAUAGAUAGCUUUCAUAAAUGAAAACAUUUUUGAUCAUAUAAUUCAUGGAGCAACUAUCACUAUAUUUUAGUUUUCAGUACUGUGUGACAUGAGUACAUCUUUCACUCUGUUAUUAAAUUGAUUUUUUUUUUUACUGCUGUUACCAUAUGAAAAUAAUACAGCAGUCUGACACUAGCCGGUUGAUAUAUAAUGUAUGGUAAGCAUCAAGUAGAAAUGAUCGAAAUGCAACCUGUUCAUAAUUCAGGUUAAGAAAACAAGCUUGUGUUCUACUCUGUUGCAACAGGUUGGUUCACCCAGAUGUCACAUUUACAACUGACCAACCCCAAGCUCUUUGGGGAAGGUGCAAAAGCCUGUUAAUGAUCCACUUGAUGAUGCAUGGACAAACUUGGGUGCUUAAACAGGAAUGGCACAGUAUGACCUAGAUGCUGCUGACCUAUAUAAAUACCUGAUUUUACUAACCUUAAUUGGAAGGUGUUUUUUUUUUAAAUACAUCUUUUACAGUUUUAUUUGUUUAAACUGGGGAAUCUCUUGGCAGCAGUAGUACACUAUGGCAUGAAGUUUUAUGGAACUAAUUACAGAUUUUCAUUGUCAUAUGUGUAAUAUGUAGAUUCCAGUGGAGAGUCAGAAGAGGGGAAGCAAACAGGAGUCUGGUAGGGCAGAGUAAGUUUCAACAGGACAGAGUAGUAGAUUCAGUUAUGAGAGACCCAAGCUCAAAUACUCAGCAAUGAAGCACAUUAGCCUUCAGCAAUUGUCUUAGCCCAAUGUUCCGAAGAACAUUGUUGUGAAAAUAGACAAUAGAAUUGUACAUUAGUUGAUUACUGCUGUUUUUAAAUGAUUAAUAAGAGUUGAAUAUUUUUACUUUUUCUAGUGUGCGCUGUCUUACAUAUUCUAAUCUGCCAUUCAGCUACCUAUUUCCCUAUUUUAAGCUUUUACACUGUGUGCUUUUAACAAUGUUUAACCAUUACCCUAAAUAGGCCUUCAAAGCACUUAAUUUUCUCUGCUUUGUACUUGUGUGUGUUAAUUCUUUUAGAACUCUAAAAUAUAUGUCUUUUUCUAAUGGAGCAAUGGUUGAAAAUACUAUUUUCAUCAGGUAUGCUUUAUCUGGCACCAGCAUCUAUAUAGUGUAACACAUUUGCAACAGAUUGUUCAGAGUGUUGGUGCUGACCUUUAAAGCCCCAAAACAGCCUCAGUCCAGUACACUCCCGUCGUUCUGCCCGGACACUGAGGUCUAGCGCCGAGGGCCUUCUGGCAGUUCCCUCGCUGCGAGAAGCCUAGUUACAGGGAACCAGGCAAAGGGCCUUCUCGGUAAUGGUGCCUGCCCUGUGGAAUGUCCUCCCAUCAGAUGUCAAAGGAAAAAACAACUACCAGACUUUUAGAAGACAUCUGAAGGCAGCCCUGUUUAGGGAAGCUUUUAAUAUCGAAGGACUAUUGUAUUUUAAUCUUUUGUUGGAAGCUGCCCAGAAUGGCUUGGGAAACCCAGCCAGAUGGGUGGGGUAUAAAUAAUAAAUUAUUAUUGUUAUUAUUAUUACUAGGUGAACAUCUUUCACAUUCUCUUAGUAGUAUAACCUUUUUAGCAUCUUUUCAUUGUUCUCUUUCUUUUUUAUUUCCCCCGAGUAAAGUAAUGUUUUGCAAUCUUAACGCGCGCACACACACACACACACAAGAGAGAGAGAGAGAGAGAGAGAGAGAGUACUGCAUGACAGCAUUGGAUUUCCUCCAACAAUUAUGACUUGUUAAUCCAAGCAAUUGAAUUGUUUGUCAGUUAGUAUCUGUGCAUAGCAGCCUGAUGCAUAAGAGCAUGCAGUCAAGUAACACUGUGGGCUUUUUCCUUUUAGUCUCUCUGCGCUGGACCAAACUACCACCAGUGUGGACAAACAGCAGGGACCAUGUGAGGGAAGUUCCAUACAUGAGAUAUGGACACUCUGCAGUGCUUAUUGAGGACACCAUCUACAUUUGGGGAGGCCGCAAUGACACGGAGGGAGCCUGCAAUGUCCUGUACGCCUUUGACGUCAGUAAGUGUUGUUCGCUGCUCCCCAUAUCCCUGGCUGUCACAUGCUGCUGAAAGUGUAUAUUCUAAAAAGUUGCAGUUUUUCUCCAGGUUUAAACUGGGAACAGCAGUACUUAAUCUUGUUGAUUAUAACAUUUAUAGAGACGUGAUUAAUAUUUUCAAAGAACGUGGGAAUUGUUGGAGACCCACUGUACAGUCUUCAGUCUUCAUGACUGGUGCUUCAUGGAAAUUAUGCUCUCACUACUGUGGGCAGCGCACAAUGCAGGGAGACUGCGUACAGUAGCAGGAAAAGGGUAUGUUGCAUCAAGGGAAGGUGUUGGCAUCUUUUUAUUUCAUUUAUUAACCACUUCUUAUGAAGCAUUUUGAAGUGAAUUUUCAAUACAAUAGAAGCCAUAUGCAAAACAAUUGCAUAUAUAAAACCAGCUAAAAUAGUUGCAUGUGUAAGUUGCAGAUCAGUUCAGAUACUGAUCAGAACUCUUCACAUAAAAGGUUUGUUGAAAGAAAGUGUUCAACAGGAAAGAAGGAAACUAAUCAGAAAGAAAUAAUGAGAGAACCAGUAUCUUACAAACUCUCCAUGCAAUGAGAGAUGGGCUCUCGAUUCUUGGGCUCUCUUCCCAGGUCUAGCUAAUUCUCUAACAAAUUUGCUUUCUCGGUAUCUUGGAGUUCAUUCUAGGGAGCAAAACUAGAUAUCCAUAGAAUUCCGUUGUACAUAGGGGCAUCACACAGCUGCCAAACUGAUUUUUGUUUGAGGAGUGGUGGAAAAAGCUGCAAGGGACUGUUGCUGUCCAGAGUCCUAGGCAGCCUUGGAUGCACUUGCUUGUGCAAUUUCCUACCAUCCCUGGAAAGCAAGUCUACUAAUCCUUCCCCUCUCAUGGGAAAAGGUGGAAACCCUCUUGCAUGAGUCACUUCAGGCUAGACAAAGCCCUGAAGCUAUUCUGCAAGGCAUUGUCCUUUGUUGGCUUGCAAUUGCUAUCUGUAUUAGAUGUCACAGCCUGCUCCAGUCUCUAGUUUCAUAUGUAGCUCUUGGCCGAGGUCUCUAGGGGUAGCACAUGACUGGCUUUAGAAAUCCAAGCAUGGCACACAUCCCACUAGGAGCAAGGCUCACUUUCCCUUUGUGCUAAUAAUCUCCACAGAGUUUACAUUGACCUUGUGUUGGAAUGGAAUACUUAUCCAGUUAAUCUAGGUGGGUGGCUGUGGAUGGAAGCCAGGUUGUGAGAGAUUCUUGGGUGCUAGAGGAUUAUGAACAGGCCGCUCUAUUCUGCUUCCUGGAAUAAGCACUGAAGCUGACUGCCAACAGUGGUUAGGCAAUCUCUUGCUUCUCCGAGGAUUAUCUGUGCUUCUUUUUAUGGACUUCUGAGACAGGUGCUUGCUUUAACUUUACAGAUAACCAGGCAGCCUUGCAUUAAAAAUAUUUUUGAGGUACUGAAAAAUACUCUCCUACAGUUUAAUUGCUUCCCAAAAUAUUGCAACUGUUUCUUACUUUGUAAUACACAGUAGGAUAAUAGUGAAAUCUCACAGAAUGUGAGUGGUGGCUUUACACAGUUUUUCAGGAACUAUAAGAUAGCUUCUAGAGAGGCAGCUGCUGUUCCACUGUCCUGUGUGGAAGAGAAUGUAUAAGUGGUUCCUUCCUUAAAAGGAGAGAUAUGUGUUUGUUUAGGAUUUUUUCCCAAGGGCCAUGCCCUUUUUCAUUAAUUCCUGAACAUGACAUUCUGUGUCUGCUAGUAAUGGCUCAUCUCUUUGUUUUUUGUUUUUAACAUAUUAGGCACGCACAAAUGGUUCACACCAAAAGUUUCUGGAAUGGUUCCGGGAGCAAGAGAUGGACAUUCGGCUUGCGUCUUGGGAAAGAGCAUGUAUAUCUUUGGGGGAUAUGAACAACUGGUAAGUUAAGAUCUCUGCUAUUUGUGUUCAGGUCUGCAUGAGAAAUGGUGCUUCCAAAUCAAGUUAUUCAAAGAGAAUUCUGAGUGGUCCCUCUGCUCCCACUUCACUCCCCCCCCUUCUUUCUUUCUUUCCUUUACCAACAGUUAUAUUUAAAGACAUUUGUGAAUUAAGUUAAAGAUCACUGAAAUGUUCUCUAUUGUAACCCCAUACUGUCACAUCCUGAUAAUAAUGCCAAACUUUCAUUGUAGCUGAUGAACUCCAAGCAUGAGGCCAUGUCCUGUGCAUAUUUAUUCAGCAGGAUUUACUCCCAAGAGUAUUAGACUGUAGCCUUAGUCUACACCUAGGUUUAAAGGGCUAGAUGUAUUUAGAGCCAAAGUCUGCUUGCUGCUUAUGCAUCUCUGUGCUCCUUGCCUCUUAGAGAGCAAACUGCUGUACUGUUGAUUGGUAAGUAAAAAGCAAAACUCAAUUUAGUCUAUUGACAUUUCAGGCAUUAUUGCCUUUGUUGUCAAGCCACUACAUUUGUAUUUUCCUCCUCUUUCUUUUUAUGACAGGUUGCAGUUCUGAAUGCUGUCCUGGGUUAUUAAUAUGAAGGGCUGUAAACAAGUAUCUUAGAUCAAAUUGUCAAACCUCUUAAAAGUUGGAUUGCAUCAGAAGGAUGAUAGAUGCUCAUUUAUGAAUAGAUGUUAAUUUGUUCUGUGAACUGCCCUGAGACCUCUGGGUAUAGGGCGGUGUAUAAACUCAAUUAAUAAUAAUAAUAAUAAUAAUAAUAUGCACAGAAACAGUCCAAAGGGAGUCUAGUUCAAGUCCCUGACCUAUCAGAUGACUAAAAAUUUCAAACUUUCUAAGAGAAGUCUGAGCAAAUGUUAAUUUAUGCUUGGAAACAGACUUAGAUUCUCUAAGUGUUGUCUUUCUAGAUGACUUUCUAGUGUUGUCUUCACCAUCUCUAGAGAGAGAUUCCACAAGUUCCUAAGACAAUCAUAAUUGUGCUUGUAAGAUGUGCAGAAUGUUUUCCCUUCCUGCUUAUUAUUGCAAUUACUCUAAAAUAGACCACCUUUGUUUUCUGGUGGUGACUGAGUUAUUUGGAACAGAUGGUGUCCAAAAGCCAUCCAUUGAUUUGUGGCUGAGCAGAGAUUUAACCUUUUCCAGUACACAAGCAGCUGGAUCUCACUGGCUUUUUCAGUGACUAGAUCAGGCUUCCUCAACCUCGGCCCUCCAGAUGUUUUUGGCCUACAACUCCCAUGAUCCCUAGCUAGCAGGACCAGUGGUCAGGGAUGAUGGGAAUUGUAGUCUCAAAACAUCUGGAGGGCUGAGGUUGAGGAAGCCUGGACUAGAUCUUAUGGCAAAUGAGUUUGUUUUCAGUGGAUUUACAGCAUUAAUUAAAGUCUGUGUGGCAGGGUACUGAAACAAACGAAAAUAUGGUGAUGGGAUUUAAGGGACUCACCAGCAAAUCCAAAGAUUUUAUCUCUCUCCAUGGUAGGUCCAAGUGUUACAAAACUUUGGCAAACCCAGCAAUCCUAGUAUCUUUUACAGGUAGUUGCUAAUUAUGCAUUCCUCUCAGAACAUUUAGCUUAAGGCUUGUCUGGUCUGACUUAGUGACUCUUUAACAACUCCAACUGAGGUUAAUGAGAGCCACUGAUGUUUAGCACUUACUUAAAAGAAGGGCAAAGGGCAGCCUUUGCCAUCUCACACCAGACAUUCAGAACCAGUGUACUGUAAAUCAUGGUUUCAAUCUCUCACUUUACUUCUUUUUUUCUGUAUAUAAACUGGAGUGGCAUAUGUAUAUUCAAUGUGUUGUUUGGAUAGUGUGCACUGAUGUGAGUCAGUCUGAACAGCUGCUUUGUUUUCUGAGCCACCUAUUUCAGUUCCCUUAAUAUAUUUCAGCUCCACAGGGAAAUGCUGAAGAAUUAAACUCUGUUUUUAUCUCUAGAGAGCAAAAUAACCAAGGGCCUUUAGAAUGCCUGGCAGUGCUUGAUCCAGCAUCCCCACUAGUUAAAUACUUUCUCUUUCUUUCAGGCUGAUUGUUUUUCAAAUGACAUCCACAAAUUGGAUAGCAGCAACAUGAUUUGGAGUCUGAUCUGUACAAAGGUCAGUAUUGGUAUUAGUAUGUCUUUGGGUCCUGCAUGUGACCCUGUUUGCCAUUUAACUUUUGUCUGCUUUCGUUUGUAGUCAACAGAAUUUUGAGCACCCAAAAUCCCCUUUCGCCUACAUCCCCUUUCAUAUCUUUUACUCCUAAAGUAACUUCCAUUUCCCUUUGACUUACUUAACAGGAGUCUCUUGUUUCAGGGCACACCAGCUCGAUGGAGAGACUUUCACUCAGCCACAAUAAUUGGGACAAAGAUGUAUGUGUUUGGGGGAAGAGCAGACCGCUUUGGGCCUUUCCACUCCAACAAUGAGAUCUACUGUAACCGAAUCAAAGUAUUUGACACAGACACAAACUCUUGGCUGGACUCGCCUCCCACUCCCCUCCUUCCUGAAGGCAGAAGGAGCCACUCAGCAUGUAAGUCAUCAUUACACUCCAUCGAGCAUGAGAAGUCUAAUUAAGAUUAAAGAGAAAGUUGUAGUUGGCCAAUCAGGCACAAGUCUUCAGAAGAUCAAGUAGUGGCCUUUGUUGUUUUUAGAAAGCAACAAUGAACAGGGAAUCAGCACAUAAAUCAGUCUUGUGCAUCUCCCAUUGGGAGAGGUGCCCAUUAUCAAUUUUGGACAAGAUGGAAAAACAGAGGACAAGAAUUUUGAGUCAGUUGCUUACCUCCCUCCUUCCUCCAAUAUGAAAUUAUUUUUAAUCUAAUGUAAAUGGACAACCUUAGCUCUGAAUGUGGCAUGCAAUAACACAUGAGUCCUGGUGGAUCAGACCAAAGGCCCAUCUUGUCCAGCAUCCUGUUCCUAUACUGACCACCCAGAUUGCUUAUGGGAAAAUCAUAAACAGAACUUGAGUGCAACAGCAUUCUCCCCACUUGUGAUUCCUAACAACUGGUGUUCAUAGGGGAAUAGCACAAAAACUUCUCAGUUGUAACUGAUAUGAAACUGAGCUUCGUUUUAGGUGUCCUGACAUGUAAUUUCUCUAUUCCCUACAGUUGGCUACAAUGGAGAGUUGUAUAUAUUUGGUGGCUACAAUGCACGUCUGAACAGACACUUUCACGAUCUCUGGAAAUUUGAUCCAGGUAUUUUUAAUUGACAUUCCUUCUUAUUACUGGUAUUACAGGAACCUCCAAGAAUCUCUGCUGUGAUCAGGGCUACAGCUAUGCAUUAAUCACAUUUCCUCCAUGCCCCAGAUGCUCCCAUAUGUUUUGUAGGAUGUAUAUGUUCAACAGAUGCAUGUAGCAUGUGUUCACAAACACAUAGAGAUUCCAUCAGUAAGGAGUGGUGAGGUCUUGGGCCCAGUUAACAGUAUUAGCUGAAGUGGUAGUUGCUAUAUUGAUUUGGAGCUCAAUGCACUAAUGGCAACAUUGUACUCACGGGGAAGGGAAAGCUAAACAGCCACACUCCAUAAAGCUCCAGGCAUAUGUCAGGGGCACCACAUAGGACCCAGGUAAUGCAACAAAUACUGGUUCCUUAAUCUGAGCCUGGAGUGAGUCUCCCUGACCCUGCAGCUUUUGUCUAUGAACUGUUGCUGUCUCUGCCAACAGUAACAGCAAUACCAGUACCUGUUCAGGGUUGUGGAGGCCAGGGGUUGACCGUGCAGUACUGCACAGUAGACUUUUGGAUCAUGCCUUUGAUGAAUGAGUAUAUCCAUUAGGAGCUUCAAACCCUCCACCCUUUUAUUUGCAUCUCUCCGUUGGUAAUGUGGCUGUGUGGUACUGAUAUGACUCACUGCUAAUGAGUUCUCAAAUAAGAGAUUCAGAAGAGUGUAGCUUCUUCAAGAUGAUGUUUUAUGGCCAGCUGCUUUUCGCUAGUGGGCUGAUGCUCCCUGGCCAGGCUUCUUAGGAACUGGGACACACACAUGCACAUGUGCACACAUCGCCAUGACCACCAGCACCUUCCUGUGCAUGGUCAUGUUUGCUGUGCCACCUCUCAGUGUGAAAGGGCAGGAUAUAGCAGAGGCCUCCAUAAUGGUGCAGAAACCUCUUGGGCACCCUUUUCUUCAGCACUAGAAAGAAUGUCAACCCUUCAGUGAGAUUUUACAGACUAAAGUACUGGAUAGUCCUAGCAGAUCUAGCUUCAAAUCCCUGCUUAGCCAGAGACUCGCUAAGCUCUGCUUUAGUUCAUAAGAUUGCUUUUCAAUCUCAGAGGGCCGAGUUUAAAAAUGAAUGAGAAAAGAAUUUUAAAUUACCCUUGUAUUCUGCACAUACAUCCAAAGAGCCCACAAAUUCUCUUUUCUGAAAAGCAGCUGAGACCACUUCAGAUUGUUCCCGCUAGCUGUUUCAGCCCCUGUCUGCCACCUUCACUUUGGCUUUUACCAUGCCGCAGUUGACCUGUAAGCUCCAAGCUAAGGGUGCUGCCACUACCCCUGCUCAGCUUGGAUGGAUUGAUUGAAUGUUAUUGCUGUGGGCUCAGCCAGUAAGUAAGCGGCAGGCCCAAGGAAACACAGGGUCUGUAGAAGUAGGGGGAAAUUGGCAGGCGGGGGGGGGGACGGACUAAGAGGAGGAAAAAACACCCACCAACUCAGUGAGGACUGAGCAUGAAAAACUAGGGGCUGUAGGAUGGGAGUACCUUGGAAGAAGGCAUGGCUGGCUGGAACACAUCCAUUGUCUGAUCACUGCAGCUUGUGGAAGUGAAUUCCUUACAUUAAUUAUAUGUAGGUAUGCCAUUGGUUUAAAAUAUUUAUUUACUGUGUCUCAUUACACUAAUAACAAGGCAGCAUACAAUUAAAUAAUUCAAUAUACAAUAAAAAUUAUCCAGUAAAAAGAACAUGGCAGUUACAGUACCUAGGAAUUGUUCAGCUGAUGGCAGAGGCUGGAGAAAGCUUGAGCAAGUGGAUGUGUUUUAACAGCGGGUGGAAGUUCACUGUAGUAGGUGUAUACUACAUGAGUAGGGAGCUCAUUCUACAGAGCAGGGGCCCUCCUCAAAGCUGCCAUGAAAUGAAUAUGGCCGCCUCUGAAUAUUUUCAAGAAUGGGCAGGCCUGUGUGGGAGAAGGCAUUCUUUCAGAAAACCUGAUCCAAAAUUGUUUAGGCAAGGCUAUCCUAGUCCAGGAACAGUCAAGGAUAGCAAAAGGCACUCCUAGCCACUGAGGUCAUUUUUGCCUCCAGUGACAACAAAGAUGGAUCAAGGAGAACUCCCAGAAUAUGUACCUGUUCCCUCAGAAGGAUUGCAACCCCAUCCAAAACAGGUAUGCGCUCUAGUUCCUGGGAAUCACUUGUGCACAGGAGUAUUAGUAUUUAGCUUCAGCCUAUUGGGUCUCAGCCUGCCCACUCAUGCAUCCAGACACCAGCCUGGGGAUUGCAAGGCCCCACCUUAACUGAUGUGAAGUGAUGCUUAUGUAUGUCCUCAGUUUACUGCCACACAGUUCCAGUUAUCUCACCACACCUUAGUAUGAUGCUCAUGGAGGAGGUUUGUCAGUGUAUGCUCCAGAGAAUAACUACGUCCUGCCUUUAUUAUAUUCAUACAACUAACCUGCCAAUCUCCACUCUCUAUAAAGGAGAGAGGGUAGCAGGCAUCUCUGUGGGGAUGUCUCAGUGGUUAUGUCUUCUGUACUUCAUGCAGUUAACCAAUAGAUGGCAGUGCACCCACAUGCACUCUUCAAAAAGAAAGUUAAUGCAUAGUUCAAUCUGCAGAAUGUUUUCAGAAGAUGCUGCGUGGUUUCUUAAUUCUGAGUUCUACGGUUGUCACCUUCUUCUCAUUUGCCCUCUAAAGCAAUUGCUUUUUCAAGGGUCCUUAUGCAAUAAAUAUCCGGGGUAUUUUUAAGUGAAGUGCAAACCGGAACAGCUGAAUGCUUUGAACUAUAAUAUCCUUAGUCUUCCAAGAGAAUUUGGAAGAGUUCCCUUUAUUUAAGGAGUUGUGGUGUAAUGUAGCAUUUUCUUGCUUCACACAGUCCUGGGUGACUUGAAGGUAUGAAAUCUGUAUCCUCCUCGUUAACUGCUGGAAAUGUUCAGCUUGUACAAUGAAACAUACAGCUUUGCAUACAUUUCAUGUUUGUGAUUAUUGGUGAGAAGGAAUAUAUAGCCUUAGCAGGCAUUUCAGGGAGCUGUCCCAGGGUUUUUCUGUUUAACCAGAAGAUCCCUGCCCCAUUGGUAAUAAAAUAUCAAGAGUGCAAACAAACAUUUUUCAUGAAGAAAAGACUGUGAUAUUUGAAACCUGAGCAUCUUUUUCACUUGCAAGCAAAAAACCUCAAGUAUUUCUGCUGAAAAGCAGGUUUGUUUCUAUGUGUUAAAUUUGUAAACUUCUUAGAACUAGAGCUUGUUCAUGUGGCUUGUCUUUACCAGGAUUGCUUGAAAUAUUCAGCUUUCAUGGUGUAUGUGUUUUCUCCAGUUUCUUUUACCUGGAAGAAAAUUGAUCCUAAAGGGAAAGGGCCAUGUCCUCGCCGCAGGCAGUGCUGUUGUAGAGUAGGGGACAAGAUCAUCCUCUUUGGAGGCACAAGGUGAGUGGUAUAUUAGAUUGGCUUUCUUGGUGUCUUGACUUUGGAUUUGAAAAUUCACUGUUCAGUUCUUAAGCAGUGACAAAGAACCAAAAGCAAGCCUUACCACAAUCACACCAUUGAUCAUUCCACAGGCUCUGUUCAGUCUAUUUCUAGUGUACGAGAUUGCUUCUGAGCCCUCGAGUCUCUCCUGUAGGCCAAUUUCUUAAGCCAACUUACAUCAUCCCUGACCAUUGGUCAUAAAGACUGGGAGUUGUAGUCCAAAAUCCAAUGCUGUAAGAUUGGAGAUAAGAGAAAUGCUCACUUCUAUUUAAAAAUUUUUUUUUUUAAAUCUCUGGUAAUAGUGCUAAGCACCACAGUGCUAAAAUUGGAGAUAAGCUUAUUUCCAGUUUUAGCGCUUUGGUACUUAGCACUAACACUGAAUAUAAGAGAUCACUUGUCUCCAAUCUUAACACUUAAUGUUUUGAUCAGAGAUAGCAGAUCUAUGUGCCCGAUGCCAUAUGUCAGGUGACUGGCAAGGGUGUGUGGUUUGCCCAGAAUGGCUUUGCAGGCCAAAAUCAGAGGCCUAGUAGGCCUAACUCGGUAUGCAGGCCAGAGUUUCCUUCUGCUAUUCCGAAGCUGCCUACUGCUAUUUUGUGAUUUUUUAUAUUUUUUAUUUUGCUUCUCAGUUCCUCCUUUCCCAAUUGGAGAGUACAGUAGUUAUGAACUCUUGUAGAAUUUUCACCCAAUUUGUAGGUUGCAUGAUGUGGUUUAAAAUUUUAUAUUGUAUCUAGCAUUGUGAUCCAUUAAGUUCAGUGCAGAGAGUAAUGGACUUGGUGAAUAAAAGUUCAAAUUACACCUUAGCAGUCUGAGUAGUCAGCCCUAGCAGUCUGAGUAAUCUCAUACAAGUCACGCUGUCUUAUAUUUGGUUCCCCAUCUGCAACAUAGAAUUAUUUAAUGCCCUAAUUUGUAACAAAAAUUCAUGAGACAAGGAAGGUUUUUAAAAAACUGUACAUUAAACAUACCGUAAAAUAUGAAAAUUAUGCUGUUAUUGUUUGAGACUUAGUUUUCCUCCUUUUUCCAUGGAUCAUGUUCAGUUUCACAAAAGCAAGCGGGGGGGAUCAUAAUGUCAUAAAGAACCAAAAAGGAUAUCUCCUCCCAUUUCCUGGAGUUCCAUGUUAGUCCUUGCUUCAGAAAAAUGCAGCAACAUUUAGCAAGAAUAGUGACUAUUAGCAGACUUUGCAACUUGGGUGAAUUAGAUUGCUAUAAUGACUUUGCAGUUUCUGGAGUUCAAAGGCUUUAUGCAUGCAAGAGCUCUUUACAGGCUGAAUAGUGAUGAGAGAGAAAAACCACAGACAUAUUGUCUGGAGAGAACAGCAAACAAAAUGGCUUAAGCUUUGUGGCAGAGUUAACUUAGACAUAGAAGCUUGCAAACAAGUGCUGGCUAGAUUGCUUGACAAAACAGUGGCUUUGUGUGGUUUAAAGUAACACAUGCAUUAACUGCAAAUUCAAGAGAACAAAAUGUAUUUGCUUUCCCCUGACAGUGACAACCAGCUCCUUAAAAUGUCAUUUUUAUUGUUGUAAUCUCUUAAUUAACUGCUCCUGUGAGUCCAUUGUUGCUUUGUGAUGAUGCCAAAAGGUUUUGUGUGCCCCUUCCCUAUUUUCCCCAUUCAACUUUUACUUCCCUGCCCUUAUGCCUAUCAAUUGAACCUAAUCAGAGAGAUCUCAGUGGGUUAUGCUGCGGAUGUCUGCUGAUUUUUUGGGGGAGGGGGGUGUUGAUCCCACUUUGGGUUUCAUGCAGGGGCAGUAGCACAAUUAGGUAAUUUUGGACUCUGGACUUAAGGGCCAUGCAGUGGGGGCCCUAAUAAGCUGGAAUGGUGUAGUACACUUCAGAAUGUGGUAACUCCCCUCCUGUGUGUUUGGGAGCCCACCUGCCAGUUUUGUCUGGUGCCCUGGACUUUUGUUCAAUGGUUGUGCCCUGAUGGAAUCAUUGUACAGGGGAGGCAAGACAGGGAGGGAAAUCUCAUGCAUCUUAGCAGCAGUUUCCUUGUACAGCACCACUCAUUGCUCUUCACAUCACCAACAACAGCCAAUUUCUGACAUUCACACAGUUGGCUGAUAAUGUGUUCAAUUCUCUACAAGAAAAUUACAUUUUUCUCAGUAACAAAAUACUGCUGCUUGGAAGGCAAAGGGGUGUGGGCAGUGCUUUGCAGAUGAGGAAACAAAUGUACAUUUGGGGCACCAUAAACAAUGCAGAAAGGCAUGUAAAACCAGGAAGCAACUUAGGACUUGUCUGUGGCAGUGAAUGCUAAAUGAGUGAUAGAAUUACCUCUGUCUUCAAAGCUGAAUUUAGCUAAAGGGUCUACUAACUAGGAAAGAUGCUGGAGUUGGGGGUUGAGUUGUCAAACAUUGGCAGUGACCUCAGCAAGAUACAAGUUGGCUAGAAGUGAUCUAGAUACUUACCAGCUGCUAUGAGCCAGGAAGUACACGAGUGCAGCAGAACUUUUGGCAUCUGAGCUUUUUCUUGAUGGUAACCAUAUGUUAAGUAUACAAAUCUAUAAAUAUAGACAAAGUAAAUGUUUAUUAGAAAUUAAUUUAUUUUCUCACCUGUUUUACUUGGAAAGUUUCAAAGCACAACCUACUAAGCUCUUUCCACUGUGACUCCUUCUAUACUAAUAAACUUGCAAUGUUUAAAGACAGGCAAGAUGAGAUUAGGGUGCUCCUAAAACUAAAAUGAGUGUUCUCAAGAAACCCCUAAACAGAUUUAACCGCCAACAGACAUAAUUUCAGGACAAAAUACUGUCUCACCUAUUGGUCUGUCUUAAAGAAAAAGAAGAGCAGAGCAAGAGGCUCAGACAAGUGUUUGAUGAAUGGUUUGGGAGUAUCUGAAGCUGCAAUACUUCUACCACUACAGAAGUGUUUAUAUGAUCAGAUUUUUGCAUGAGAAGACUCUGCCAGCCUCCCAUGUAAGAGGCUGUAAAUAUAAUUUAAACUUCCUUUGCAGUGAGUGUCAAUAAUAACAUAACCUAUUUUUUUCAUAAGCAUCUCAUUAAUGUUGUUAUGACAGGGCUCAGUAGCCUGACUGGAUUCGUAAGGGUAAAAGCUUCAGAGGCCAGGAAUAUCCACUUUGUUAGGCAUCACCAGGUUGAAGAUGUACAUCAAAAUUGAGAAUAUCAGAAACUUGAGACCAACAAUGACAAACCAAUUUUCCAUAUCAUUGCCUUGGGCUGGUGGUUUCCUUCCCGUAUAGCAAACUAUACUUUCCGUUCUUGAAGGCAGGAUAUCUCAGAUGAUGGACUGAGCUAUUGAUCUGAUCCAGUAAGACUUAUCUGAUAUGUUAUUUAGACAGCCCCAUUAACUCAUGAGAUUGGGAAGAACCAGAAGGUCAUAAAGUCAAACACCUCCCCCUGAAGCACAAUCUCCCAGCUAUUGCACCAUAUCUAUCUUUCUUGCUCGCUCUCCCUCUGUCACACAGAGAUGCACACUUCCAAUCAAAGUGUCAUCUGUGUCACAAACCAUCCAGUCAAGUUGUGUCAGUCUCUGAUAACAUCCAUAAAUUGUCUUGCCCUGCAGCAGAGGUGGAUAACUUGUGGAAUGUCAGAUGUUGUUGGGACUCCCAGCUCCCACCUGCCGGAACCAGCAUGGCCAGUAGUGAGACAUAAUGGGAGUUGUAGUUCAGCAACAUUUCGAAGGCCAUAUGUUAGCCAUGCCUGACACAGUCAGUCGCUCACUGAGAGUGAACUCUAGUGUAGCACAAUAUUAAUCAGAUGUCUGGAGUAGCCCCUCCAUGUGGGGCUGCCUUUAAUGAUUUGGAAACUUCAUCUUGUACGAAACGCAGCCAGCUGGAUGUUGAGGCUAGGCAAUCGGAUCCUGUGCUGAUGCAGUGGUUACCAAUGCCAUUUCAAGCCCAAUUUAAAGUCUGAGGGCUGCAUCCCCUCAUAGGCAACAUUUGGUGGGCGUAUGCCAGUAGUGGGCAUGGCCAAAGGCAAAAUUGGAUGUGGCAAUGAAUGUGACACUUAGCUUUGCACAGUAGGCUACACUCCAGCCCCACAAAAGUUAAUUUCUGCACCCACAUACACCUCUCCCCAUCCAGGCAAGCAAGUGGUAUUUUCAGAACCGAAGCACACAUUCCAGCAAGGCACAAAGGACUUGAGGAGGAAGCUGAGCAGGGCUGGGGAGGAGGCAUGGCCCAAGAAAGUCCCAAGGAUCAGACACGGAGGCCUGGUGGGGCUGUAUUUCACUUCUGGGUUUCAGAUUCUUCAGUCUAGUUCCUCGUAAAUGGUUUGGAAUGAAGUUACUUGCAGGACUACCUUCACAUAUCUCAGCCUACACACUGAUCAUCAUCCGAAGCCCUGCUUGCACACCUAUUUCCAUUAUGGAUACUAGAACACAGGGCCACACAGUGAAGCGUUGGAAAACUCAGGACAGACAAAGUACUUCUUCACACAGCACAUAACAACUAUGGAAUUUGCUUCCAGUAGAUAGUGAUGAACACCAGCUUAGAUGGCUUUAAAAAAGAAUUAGUCAGAGUCAUGGAAAAUAGGGCUAUCAGUGCGACUAACCGUGAUAAUUAAGUUCUACCUGCAUGGAUGGAAGGAGCAUGCUUUUGUACAUUGGUUGCUGGCAAACAGAAGUGGGGCGUGUUCUGUUGCACUCAGGUCCUGCUUGCAGGCUUCCCAUAGGUAUCUCGUUGACCACUGUGAGUACAAGUUGCCUAAACAGGCCUUUGGCUUGAUCCAGUAUUCUGAGUUUGGUAGACUCAGGGAAGCUUGGUUUUAAGUUGCUUUGGGUUGCCCUGGGCAAAAUAAAGUGUCUAACAAAUGAAGGAAGGAAGGAAAGAGAACGGUUUUUUGGCAGUGGCCUCACUUGUGGAAUGCUUGCCAGUGGGGCUGGAUUAUGCCCCCCCCCCUUCGUACCUUGACUAUUUCUUGGAUUCUAAAAUUUGUUAAAAUUAUCGUUAUUUAUUUACCAGGGAGGGUAUGUUUUUAGUGUUAUUGCUGGUCCUUGUUUUUAGGGAAGCUUUUAAUGUUUGAUGUAUUACGUUAUUUUAAUAUUUUUGGAAGCCGCCCAAAGUGGCUGGGGAAGCCCAGCCAGAUGGGCGGGGUAUAAAUAAUAAAAUUAUUAUUAUUAUUGUCUGUUCCUAGCUUUGUGUAUUACAGUUUUAUUAUUCUUGAAUCUUACUGCUAAUUAUAUUGUAUAUUGAUUGUUGCAACCUACCUUGGGAGGGUUUCUAACCCUACAAGACUGCCUGUAAAUAUGUUUAAUAAUGAUAAUUAAUUAGGUCAUUUGAUCUAAAAAUGUUUUACUUGUCUUCACAUGCUUCUUCCUUACACCCUGCCUGUGAGCUAGGGGAACUAAGGAUAGUACAGAAGUCACUUUUGAUAUCGGAAAGAUGUGGGGAACUUCCAGCAUUUCUUUUACACUACUGAACAAAAUAAUGAUAGCGCUACUUUUUAUUAUUAUAAAUUUGGGUCUGCAGAAAAGAGAAGGAUAUGCGUACCCUGCAUAUACAUAUUUUACAUUAAGUAUAAUACCUUUAGAUCUAAAUAAAGAGAAUGGUCCAAUUUUUUUAAACAAUGAGUGUUAUUGUCUAUCAUAAUAGUAUGUACCAUUUCAAAACGUUAGAAAAAUCACUUUUUCUCAAAAUUAUGUUGCUAGAUUUUUAUCAUUUUAAGUGAAAAGGUAACAUGUUACUAUGAGCAUAUUAAAGCAAUGAAAUAACAGUUCCAAUAGGUUCUUCAGUGUGGUUUUCCCACCUUCAUUCUUCACUGUUGGAGUGUCACAAUAAAAGUGCAUUUGAAGUGCCUAUUUUGUGUCCGGAUUUGGAGGGACGGGGGAUGGACAACUUUUAUUGCACGUUACAGUUUCCCACAUCUUUUGCUGGUUUGAUAAGACACUGUUUAUAGUGUUGGGAGAGGAUAAGAAGGCCAGAGAGGGGGGUUGGGGUGGAGAGGGAGCUUGGUUCACUUCCUCUGAGUAGCUAUCAGGUAUGCUCUGGAGCUGGCUGGCUUGAUAAGACGUUUUUCCAGGAAGUUGUUGUAAAUGAAGAGGUUCCUGCAUCUUGUAUUGUCCUGAAGGUGACAGGUCACCAGGAAGUGGGGGUGGGGGGAGAGAAGAGAUAAAAUUUCAGAACAGGGCAAGGAUUAGAGAGAACAUAAGUGGAAAAAUAACAGCCAGCAAAUCUCUGGAUCCAUUGGAAAAAUGGAACAGGAGGCAUCAAAUAGGGAGAGCUAAACCUUAUCUGUCUGUUAUUCAGACCCACAGGAGCCCUUGCCUCCCUGCUUUUUGCAUAGCCUGUAUUUCACAUUUAGUUUGCAGUCUUCCGCUGAAGAUAGACAUAAGCUUUUAAAAGAGGUGAGAGUGAUAAGUUUGCCACACUGUACCCACACAUUUCUUCUGUUCUGCUGUUCUUUCUGGUCAGAAGUGUUUUGCAUAAGCAGUACAAAAGCCACUUACUGGAGAUAAUAGUGGGAUAAAUGUACACAGUUGGAAAUUGUUCUGCUCUCAUCUCAUCUUCAGUUCUGUGGUGAGAAAUUACUUUUCCAUUUUCAGAUGUUUCUGUGGUGUUUUCUGUUGGUAUAGCAUAUAGUGAGGAGAUCUCAACAGUUUAUCUGCAGACCACAAAUCAGUGUCCUCAGAUCUGCUGCAGGCUCUGUUAAAUAAAUAUCUAUCCCAUUUCCUGAGGGGUAGUUAUUUUAGUUUGUUCAGCAAAAACAACAGAGAGUCUUGUGGCAUCUUAAAGACUAGCAAAUUUAUUAGGGCACAAGCUUUUGUGGACCAGAGUCCACUUUGUCUGGUGCAUGGAAUGCUGUCUUGAGUUGGCAGGGAUAUAUGGCCAUACACAUGGGUGGAAAGAGAGAGAGAGAGAAAAAUAUGUUAGCAGUAAGAUAAGAGGGAAAUGGAAAGGCAGGAAACACAGAUUGUAAAGCUUAAGUGUAAAAAUAAUUACAGUGACCAAACACAAACAUGUUAGCAGAUGUGUACGUUGAUUCAGACAUAUAUACAAACUUCAUAGCUGGAUGUUGAAUGUUUAGCUAAUCAACUCUUAAAAUAGAUCCUCUCCUGGAGGAGCUGGCCCUCUGCAGCUCCUCUUGCCCAAAGAAGAAGAGAGUCCACAGCUUCACACUAACAAAAUAGAAUAGGGUCAGGGUAAUUUUGAUAAAAUUAACCAAACAUGAGCUAACAACAUAAGCAAAAAAAGUUUUGUUUUGUUUUUUAAAAAAGACACGAGUCUAAUCUACUGAGCUUCUUGGGCUUUGCCAGUCAGAAAGUCGGCGGUUCAAAACCCUGCAAUGGAGUGAGCUCCCGUUGCUCUGUCCCAGCUUUCCCCAACCUAGCAGUUUGAAAGCAUGCCAGUGGAAGUAGAUAAAUAGGUACCGCAUCAUAAGCAUUUACUCCCUAAACAGUGAGAUUACUAUGUGCAAUAUCUUGGGACUGAAGUUCCCCAUUUCAUUUGUUCUGUACCAUAUGUAAUACUAAACAGCGCUUGGUAGGACUUCAGCAAAAGGCACUUGUAUUGCAAAUGUACAGCAUAGUGUUGAUGGAUGGAGGUUGCUAGAAGAACUGUAUUACUGCUUAUUUGAUCCUUCCCGAAGGAAUUCUGAAUGUGAUUGGAUGCUCUUAAGCUCUCCGUUUCAAAAUUUCUAGAGGCCUGGGAGUGUUGCAUGUACUUUUUGUGUGUAGGAUAUGCAGUGGUGGCUGACAAAUUAAUUUGAUUUGAAUUCAAAUUAAUUUAUUGGCCUUGCAUUUACUGUCUAGGGAGUUCUGUGAGAGAUGUUAUUGUCUCUUGUUGCUGAUACUCUUCCUACCUAAGUUCAGCAGAGUAAAGUGUAUAGAAAGUUGUUAAGGGAGCACAAACCGAUGCUCAGAUCAUCCAGUGUGAAACUGUCAAGCUGACCCACCAGCUUGACUGGCCCCAGAGCCUGGCUGAUAACAGAGUAGUAGGUGCCCCAGGUUAUCCCUUCAUGGGAGCCAUUCACCCCCAUGUCUGGCCUUAUUCUUCUAUAAUCAUUUUGGCCUUGAACUCUGACGUCUUUUAGCCCUUAAGACUUGUCUGUAAUGCAGUAGACACUGCUUUUUUCUCCCUCACAAAGAUAAGGAGUGCAUUAGGGUUUCCUGACGUGGAUGUGAACUAAGGUUAGAUUAUCCUGGCUGGGAAACUGCAGAGCUGUGGUGCUUGAAAGAGCUUUAUCAUGAGCUCAGAUAGACAGUGCUGCUCUACAACAGGUGCUGUCCCUGCUAAGGUUGAAGCUAUUGGAAGAAUAUCUUUGCCCUUAUGUGCGCUUUUGUCAGGACAAAAAUUAAUAGUGCCAACUGUUCUUCCAUUUUCUGGCAGAAAAGUGAGAAUAUCCCAUUGACACAUGUCUCUAAUCUGAGACCUAAAAUUGUUAGCUUGUGGAUGAAAUUGUAGCUUAAUUAGAUUUGAUUUUAAAGUAUAACAUGUUGUUAUGCAUCUGUCUUAACCCUCCUGUGGUAAUGGAACGGCUGUGUGGACCCUAGGUGGUGUUUGAAAUAUUUGUGCAAAACCUGAACCAACUUCAUACUGCAUCCUCAAGAAUUAUGUCGUCCUGUGGUGUUUCAUCUCUCUUCAGUGUUUUUUCAUUUAUUUAUUUUUUUUUGCAUUCUACCAGGAGCCUAUUGGUAUUGAAGUUAAUGGGGGUGGGGGACAGUCUAGUAGGACCUUAAAGAUUUCCUUUGAGUUCUCCCAUCCUUGUUUGUUAAUAACAUUGUUGGGAAGGUACAAUUUGAAGAAAAUAAGUGGUGUGCUGGAAGAGGCUGCUUAGUCCUUCUACUUACCACUUGUUUUUCAACUGCAGCACCAUACCACCCAGCCUGUUUUAUCCCCACCUAGCAUCUCGGGUUCCAAAGCAGUCCCAGAUGUCUUGUGGCAAGCCUGCUGGAGAAAAUCUCAAAAAGGUUCUGAAUGAGUAUUUUUAUCUCUGUCAUCAUGUUGCAGUUCCAAAUCCAGAAUAAGGUAUUUCAACUCCCAGGUCAUUCAGUCUUGCUAUACUGCUGCACAAAGACCUCCUUUGAGGUUAGCCAGUGUAAGGAUGAUGAAGGGCACUAGAAGAGGGCUCCAUGUCCUCCUCAUGCAGUUAAACAACAGGCAUGGAGCAACUCAGAGGAGGAUUAUUCUAGAAAUACAACAAGGUCCAGACACUUCAUAAAGCAAUACAGGACCAGGACAAUGUGGAGCAUCUUUACUGGUCCCAGACACUUCAUUUCCCCCACCUGGAUUUGGACCUGAAAGACUAGGACCAAGUGUGGGUACAUGGAGGGCAAGUUAUAGGGAAGCGCAGUUUGAGACAUCGCGCAACAUCAUUACUGAUGACAGAGCAUGUCUGUUACAGCAUCAGCAUUAUCUUCUCAUUUCCUGGCUUUGUGUAUCUUAAGCCAGCAUGAGACCCUUACUCUGGCAUUGAACUGGUAGCCUUCUUGAUCAUAUUUCUGUGACUUUGAUUUGCAUUCCUCAGAUACACACACACACACACACACACACACACACACACACUGCUCCUUCAUUGUACUCUUCCUUGAUUUAGCUAAUAGUUUUUUGAUGGGCAGGUAACAGGACCUUGUUCUUUUAAGAAUGAUUCCUGUGGGUCCCGAAGAACAUAAAACAUGAAUCCUCUGUCCUAGCUUUAUUGAAUUUACUUGAAUAUAUCUAUUAAGCACUAUAUAAAUAGGAACUAAAAUAUCUGCUGGUUGCUGAAGAAGCCAAGGUAGUAAUGGAUUGGACACCAGAGUGUUGUUUUAUAUUUAAAAGCUGUCAGGAAGAAAGGGAACUAAAGAGUAAAAAUGAAUAGCAUGCUGUUUAUCUUGUUAAAAUCCACCAGUGACAUACUCAAGGCUCUGUGCUAGACCCAGUGUUGAAUUGAAUGAUUCUAUAGAAACAAUAGGUCAAGGAUAGCCAUAUUUUCUGUUCUUAUUCACUACUGGUGGAAAAUAACCAGCGUUGCUCAGGAAUUCUAAGGAACCAAUUUAUAAAUUGAUAAUAGAAUAUAAUGUGGUAGUUUCUAGGGCUGUGCACAGGUCCCUGAUCUCCAGCCCCCUCCCCCAUACCAUCCAAACUGGCCAGAGGGUUCAGUCCUGUUGAGUACUGUUCCUCAUGGGGAACAAGUUGGUGGAGCAGACCCCUUCAGCCAGCAGGAUUUCACCCUUGACAUGGUCGCACCUGCACUGCUGCUGCACAUGCUCAGCUGCCAUGCCAGGCCUGCUUGCCCACUCCUCUGUGUCAUUGCCCCUCAGUGUCGUUCAUGCCCUAGCCAUUCUUCCUGCCACUGACAACAACGCCACCUCCUACCACUCAACGGCUGGCACUUAUCCAGCUGCUAUCGCUGCUGCUUCCACCAGCACUGCUUUAUGAGAAGCAGUUGUCUGAGCUGGACCCACCUCACUCACCGCCACCCCCUACAAACUGAUUCCUGCAUCAACCAACUCCCAUCUUCAUGGGUGCAAUAACCAAUGGUGAACUACCAACUGACCCCUGGUCUUGGCCCAACACAUUGUUGGUUGCUGGUUCUUCUCUCCUCUUCUCCCCGCCCCCCCCACUCGUCCUGGGGUUAGGUCUCCUCUUCUGUCCUUGGGUCCUCAGUCUCACACUUGCCCCUGAUGUUUGCUUCCUCAGCAUGUUCCCUUUGAGUAGCAUGCAGGCAAAAGGUCCCCCUGCAGCAGUUUGGAACAGGUUGGUUCAGCAUCUUAAUUCAAAAUGGUAUUUGACAGUUUCCAAACAUAGACCAAAACAUGCUCCUCAGUCUCGGAAACUUUCAUGCCAAAUUGGGUGACAAUAUCUUCAGAAGUGUCCAAAUCAUCUUUACAAAUCAGUUUCAUUUGUUGAGAUAUUAGGAAGAAAAGGGAGAAAGAGGUGGGGGGGGGAGGAUGGGGGUGUCGGGUGACGAUGUUUCUAUUUUACUUAAUAUAUGUAAGGUUUGGUGUCAGUGUUGCUUGUGCAGGUUCUUUGCUGUUCACUUGUGUUCCUUUGGUGGUGAGAGAGGUUGGGGUUGGCCUAGGGUGUGGUUGUUCAUUUGUGGUUGGCUGUGGUGGUCUUUGUUUUCAUGUGUGAGUGGGGUGGGUGGGUGUUUUGGAUUAGGUUACCCAUAUGAAAUGUUGUAAAAACGUUACAUGGGGGGGACGUGAGAGAGACAUUGCACAUACUUUUGUAAAUCAAGAAAAUCUUUAAUGAAAAUACAUUUUUUUUAAAAAAAAGAAGUGUCCAAAUCAGUGCAGUUUGGAAUGGUUUGGUCCACCAUCUUGGUUCAAAGUGAUGUCUGAUGGUAUCUAUCCAAAUGUAGACAAAAACUGGUUCCUCCAUCUUAGAAACUGUUUGGCAAUGAUGUCUUCAGAGGUGUCCAAAUCCAUAGAAAACAGACGGACAGAUGAACCACUUUCCAAAAUAUAUAGUAGACAUAGAGGUACAAAGGCUAGAAGUAUAUUUUACUGCACAACGUUGAGUGUACUAAUGUUUUUAAUCAUUCUGAGCACAAAGGAGAUGUAGGCUAAAAAUAUUUUAAAUAUAUAAAAUAAAAAGGAAUUGGAAGUAAGUGCUCUAUGAGUUGGGGCACAUGCAUGCUCAGGCAUAUCCAUUUCUAAAAAUCCAAAGAGAGAUGUGGCACUGAAGUGUGAAGACACUUGCUUCCUCUCACCCACAUAUACACAAGUUGAAAAUAUUUAUUUUGUUUGUGAAUGAAAAUGCAGAAUGCUGCUGCUUUUCACCACAACUUGAUUUGAAUUUGAUAAAAUUGCUUCAGGAGACCAAUCGCUGCUAGUUGGCCAUCCUGGCUGUAGAUACUAAGACAACAGGCAUCUGCAACCCAUAACUAAAAGGAAAUAUUGGCACUAACAUGAUGAAUGAAAAAUUCAAAAGUAGAUGAAAUUUAAUGUAAUUGCAUAGUCAGUACAGUGGUACCUCGGGUUAAGUACUUAAUUUGUUCCGGAGGUCCGUACUAAACCUGAAACUGUUCUUAACCUGAAGCACCACUUUAGCUAAUGGGACCUCCUGCUGCUGCCACGCCGCCAGAACACGAGUUCUGUUCUCAUCCUGAAGCAAAGUUCUUAACCUGAAGCACUAUUUCUGGGUUAGCGGAGUCUGUAACCUGAAGUGUAUGUAACCUGAAGCGUAUGUAACCCGAGGUACCACUGUAAAAUGUAAUACUAAGGAACUUUACAAUUACAUCCUUUACAGGACUCUAAUCUAGCAAUUACUUGAGAAGGCUGUUACGUAUUUGGGGAAAGCCAAGUUUAUGCCACUGUUCUCAGUGUGCUGUCAUUUUGCCAAAGCAAACCCUUCAUAUUUUUUUUAUAAAAUAUUUAUUGAAAUUUUCAAAGUGUUACAACAUAAAAUAAAAGCAGAAGAAAAUACAAAAUAAAAAUAGUUAACAAAGUAGAAAAAGAAAAAAAAACAAACCCCUUCCAACCAUAUGAAUACAAAUUCAAAAAUAAGAAAAAAGACAGAAAAAAAACAAAAAUACAAUUUAAGAACAUUUAAAAACAAAUUCAUUAUUCUCGAAUCCUCAACUGUCAUUACCUUCUUUCUUUGACCUCCUCCUCCUCCCUUUCUUUGUAUCCUAGUUAUUAAUUAUCCCAGCAAAUCCUUUCCAUAUUUCAUAAUAUUCUGUCAUUACAUUACCCUAAACAGUUUUAAUCUUAUCUUUCUAUAAGAAAAUAAACCUUAAAGCUUAAAACUUAAAUCUUAUCCUUACCAACUUCUCAUAACCAUAAUAUUCUUUCAUAAUUCUUUAAACAUCUUUACUAAAGCCGAGUAAUUUCAUUCCAACAUUUUUCUGACAUUCAUCAAUUUUAUAAAACAGUUCUAAUGGUAGAAAAAGAAAUACAAACAGAUCCAAUCUUCAUCCAACGUCCCUUCCUCCUGGUUCCGGGUUUUGUCAGUCCUUAUUAUCCCAUCGAUCUGGCCCAUUAACCUGGCAACCUUAUAUCCGAGGCCCUCAAGUCUCUUCCAUGUCCCUUUCGCAGCUCUUCUUCAUAUUUGUAACUGUAUUUUCCCUUGUCUCCUGCUCGUGGUAACUCCAGCUUGGCAAUAUUUUUAACCCUUCUUGACAGAUCAGCCCCUUUUCCAUAUUCAGCACUGAAUUCCAUAUGGUAUUUAGAAGCAUGUUUCAAAGACCCUCCAAAAUUAAGAGCCCCCACAAUCCCAAACAUCUCACGGCCCAUUGUCAGAUUUGAAAAGUCCAAACAUCCCAGCAUAGGGGGGUCAAUCCAGCCCCCCAUUUCCAAGCCAAACCAAACUUUUUCUUUCCAAAUCUGGCUUUUUCCAAGUUCAUUUGUCAAAUCCGAAAACUCAUAUUCCUGUUGGGCCUGUUCUGUCAGGACACACUCCUGAUUUAAUUCCUGGGUGGGCUCCACAUAUUUUCCCACUGUCUGUUCAAAAUUUCCCACUGCCUGUUCAAAAUUUCUAGUCGAAGUCGUCAUCAAAUUCACCUUCUCAUGUAACUGUUCCAGUAGGGCAUUUGUUUUGUAGAAAGCACACAACAAAGCUUCUGAAUACAUUGUCCUGCAAGGUCAAAUGCCUAUUCCCACGGUUGUAAUCUGUAAACAGCUGCCGGCUCCCUGGAGUUGGUUACAGUUUCACAGUCUCCCUCUAGGGGGAAAACUUCUAUUUGAUCUUGCAACAAAGUUUCCCUUUUGAGAUACUUUGUCAAUAUUUGUUCCUUUGAAAUGCGAAGGGAAACAGUGGAAUCACUAUGUUUCUCUUCUUUUAGCUAUCUGUCAAAAACGUUUGUCUCUGGUCAAUGAACUUCAAACGUCAGUCCUGACACCCCGCUCCAGGAUCAGGACGGAGGAAAGUUGCUUUACUUUAAACUCACUUUAAACAGUCCAAAAAGAUCCCCUUCUUCUCCUGCUGUCGAAGGGGGGUUCCACAAUUUUAAAUGAUGAAAUCCAAUCCUUUAAAAGCGAUUUUCUGAGCUCUAGUUUACGUUGUCUUUGCUUUAUUCUGUCUACAGAAGAACGGAAGGCUGACUUCCUGUUUAGACCUUCCCGUUCCGUACCAAAUUGAAAUAGAUUUUUAAGAUCCAAUUCCUUUCUGCUCGCAAGUCCCCAUCUAAUGUCCAGUUGUUCAAAGUCUAAGUACUCACGGGUGCUUAUUUUAGAGUCCAAAUUGUCCCAGGAAAAGGCAGCGCUCUCCGGCAACGGCUAUGCGGCUUCGCUCCACGGAAAUAGCAGUUGACUCACAGCACCGCGCCACUUCCCCCUCUUCACUUCGGAGCCCGUUAGUGGGUUCCUUAGCGAGUUGGGGGGGGCGCUAAAGGUGCCCGCCGAGUCCCAUGGUCACAGGCUUCAUCCGCCUGUGAUUUUUGAAAGGGUCCCCGCUUCGCCGUAGCGGAGAAGACCCGUUUCCCGUGGAGCUAGUCCCUCCAGUUCAGAGGGAGUCCGCCAUUGCCGAUGGCGUCACCCCGGAAGUCCCAAAGCAAACCCUUCAAGACCAAGUGUGAAAAACCAUGGCAGAGGGUCAGAUAUUCUGAUGAUUAAGAAUGGUUUCAUAUUUUGGUUCCAUACCUUAAGUCAUUUUUUUUUUUAGUUGACAGGCUGAGGGGAAGCAGAGAAGCCAAGUGAUUAAGCAUGUAGAAAACUCUAUAAAGAGAUAGGGAUUUGUGUUAUUUCACUGGGGCCAGGCAGAAAAAGUAUUUUAAUCAAUAAAUGCCAGGCCAUUAGAUUGGAAGCAGAGAUUCAAGAGAAGAUUGUGAAUAGAUGGCAGGAACACUCAGAGCUACAAGUGGGACCUUCAACAAAAUGUUCCUGUGAGUAAUUCUUCUGUGCAGGAUUCUAGCGAGCUGUGCCAGCUUAUAGGAUAUUCCAUUCUCUUUCCUACCACCACCACCGAUUUUUUAAAUAUAUAUAUAUAUAUUUUCCACCCAACAGUCAGUGUCCUGUGGUCACUGAAAAUGCUCAGUUCUUAUUAGCUGAUUUGGGGGAGGAGCUCCCUCUUAGAGGUUUUUCUUUCUCUCAAAAGUAGUAGUAGUAAUUUUAUUAUUUAUACCCCGCAUACCUGGCUUGGUUUCCCCAGCCACCCUGGGUGGCUUCCAGUGCACACAAAAACAUAGUAAAACACCAGACAUUAAAAACUUUCUAAAACAAGGCUGCCUUCUAAAAGUUGUAUAGUUAUUUAUCUCCUUAACAUCUGAUGGGAGGGCAUUUCGCGGGAAUAACAACGUUUAGGUAUUUCUGCACUUCCUGAUACCACCCGUUAGUUUGUAGAUGGUACCAGAUGAGCUACAUAAGAAUCUGCUUUUGGAGAAUGCAUUGGCCAUUAAUGCAUAAAAUGGUAGCUGUAUGAGGCAGAAAGAUGAAACCUCUUAUUUAUCUCCAAAUAUUCAUGAUUUGAGUGCGGUCUUCACAAAGCAGUCAUUUACACAGUUAUGUAAUAUCAAUGAUGUACCUAUAGGCAGAUGAAGCAUAGUUAUAAUCCACUCUGACUGUUUCUGUCCUCUGAUUUUAUGGCUCUUCCAUUCCACCAAUUUAUUAACCUUAUUGAUUUAUUGAUUUUUCAAGUAACAUUUAUACACUGCUUGAUUGUAAAAAAACAACAACCUCAAAGUGGUUUACAAAAGAUUUCCUUGCAUAAGGUUUACAUGGAGACUAGAUUAUGUUCAGUCUUCAUUGAGAAUUUAGAUUUAGUUUACGUGUUGGAUAUACAACAGUGAGCAUUCAUCCUGAUUUGCUUGUGGGGCAUUUCACGCAUCUCCCCAUUAAUCACUCAUUCUUUCCACACUUUUCAAUGCACUUCCUUGUCACUGUCGAAAUUAUUUCUAUUUAAAAAUGAAUUUGCUGUACUAAGGCAGCAGAGUGCUUUAAUCCGCUUUAAUUGUCCAAACCUAACUUUCCAAGGAUGCACUUGAAUCCCUUCCACAAAAUAAUGACAGUCUGGAGCCUCCCUUAGUGUAAGGCAGCAGUAAAGAGACUGACUUACAUUUGUUUAUUUUUUGCAAGGAAUCUGCUUCUCUCCCAGUCGCUUGCCUGUUAUUCUGUUUAAGAGUCUGCCAACCCCUGUAUCUGUUACUCGAGUUGAUUUGGUGGGUUAAAAAACCCACACCUCUAGCAAGAAAGAAUCCUUUCAACUUUAGAGAAGAACUCAGACGUCACUGGUGUUGUGGAGUGAUCAAAUACACAACCUAAAUCUGAUUCCUCCCCCACUGCUCCCAAGCUGGCUGCCUGCUAGGGGUCUCUGUGACCUUCUGCGAUAAUGAAAUUUCCAGAUGGCGCAGGAACAUCCUGCCCUGGCUGUUGCGAGGGCAGAGCAAGGAGCCUUGUUUGUUUGCUAGGGAAGAAGAGAGGCUGGAGCAAAUGAAGCAACUGGGCAGAAGCUUGUACAAACAGGUCAAGCCCAUGCCCCAAAGUAUCCCCUUUCUAACAUGCUCAGGUUUCUCCUUUCUUAAACCACGGCUGACAGAUCUGCUACAUUUCCAUGCUCAUCUUGGGUAUUUCUUUGUGUCCACAUAGAGGUUUAGCGCGCAGUAUGCAGAGAUUUGCUGCCACAAUUGUUCCUGGUACUAAGCAAAGUGAUUAAGGCAAACCUGUUGCCUUGAUGAUGGGAUUUGGAACGGCAAUGCUGAGAGGAGAACCGAGGGAGUCUAGUGUGUUUUUGAAUGGAGUUCAUAUAAGAUGGGAGGGAAUUGCAAAGCUAAUGUAGAGUUGGGGUUCCCAAGCUAUGGUCUGCAGACAAUGAGCAGUUCGUGAGCUACAUUAAGGAAGCCUGCAAUGUGUCUGUAAAAAUACUAUUAAAAAUCAUACAGCAUCUGGCACAGCGCAUUACAGUGGCUACAAAAGGCAGAAAAGUCAUUAAGAGGUCCUCCAAGACUCUUAGCAAUUUGUGCAAGGGACAUUUAAGGAAGCACUGAUGCAGAGUAACACAGAGUGGGGAGUUUAUAUGUAUUGGGCAGAGGCACGGGGCGGGAGAGAGAGGGGGGGAACUACUGCAAGGAAGUUGUAUGGUUAGAAUCCAGUGUUGUUUUUCAUUUUUGUAACCUGCCAGGGUACGUAGAAAUGCAAGGUAUACGUGUUUCAAAUAAAUUUCAUAGACUGAAAUAAAUACAUAUCACAGUCUCAUUGCUAAUGCAGGAAUAGCAAAGUGGGGAAGGGAAUAUUUCGUUGCAAAGAGACUAUUUCCAUCCUGACACAUCUACGAUAAAAUCCUUUUGAAUUGCAGAGGAUAGGGCAGAGGUAAAGGAAAUAAUCUUGAAGGUUAAAGGAAUAGAUGGCAGCAUUAGACAUAAGGCAGUAAAGGGAGUAGGAACUGAAAACAAACAGCAUUGGCUUGGCCAGCAGUAAACACAGAGGUUAUUAAAGAGAGCCUUUGCUAUCAGCAGCUGCACUUUGUUAGGUAACACUGAAGUCAGGGAGGCCCUGUGGAAUAGUUCAGAACUCUGGAAGAAUCCGAAACACAGCCUUAAUUUGAAGUGAAUUGCAGUGAUUGAUGGGGUUCUCUUUGUUUUCCACAGCCCAUCCCCAGAGGAAGGCAUGGGAGAUGAAUUUGACCUGAUGGAUCACUCGGACCUGUACAUCUUAGACUUCAGUAUGUGAACAUUUCCUCCUUAUGUUGCCUUUAGUAACUGCUUCCCCUAGGUUGAAUCUCCUGGUGUGUUUUCUUUACAUUAAAAAGCCUGGUCAAAGUAGCUGUAAUAGCUGUACUGUCUCCUUGUCCCAUUGAGGGAGCUGCCUAGUGCAGCUAAUUUGGCUUACUUUUUAUGCUUCUCAUGGGCUGCUUCCAAGAAGGGCAGUUUUAUCAUCAUACUGUAUGCUUCUUUUUCUUCAGGUCCCAGCUUAAAAACACUCUGUAAACUGGCAGUGAUACAGUAUAACCUCGACCAGUCCUGUCUCCCUCAUGACAUCAGGUAAGUUACCUAUCCCCAUGCAGGGAUGUUCAAUAUAUCUAAACCACUUGUUCUAUACUACACAAGACACAGCCUUUUACCAGGGCAGACUAUUUCCCCCUCUACCCAAUAUUGUCUGACUGGUACUAGGUCUCCAUUAGAAGUAUUUCCCAUCACCUGCUACCUGAUCUUUUUAAUUGCAGGGUUCAAACCUAGGACUUUCAGCACAUAAAGCACACACUGUGGCAUUGAUUUCUCUUCCCCCAGUCUUCCCAUUUCAUGUUUGUCAUUGUUGAUGGCAUCUGUCUGUCUCGAAAGACAAUGGAGUGGUGAAGUCAAACCUCUGCCUUAGCAGCACCAAAGUGACCUCCCUGGGGCGCAAGCCUGGGCAGUGUGUAUGGAGGUCCUGGGCUCCCCAGACAAGACCCCCUCUCCCAGCCUCACUGAUGUGGUCCAAAGGAAAGCAGAGCAAUACAUUUGGCACCAGCUUGGCUGCAGGAGUUGCUGGAAGGAGGUGUACAAGGAACCAUCCAACCGCCAUGUUUAGUAGCUGAAACAUCUUGAUUGUUUUGUUGUUGUUGUUUAGUCAUUUAGUCGUGUCCAACUCUUCGUGACCCCAUGGACCAGAGCACGCCAGGUACUCCUGUCUUCCACUGCCUCUCGCAGUUUGGUCAGACUCAUGCUGGUAGCCUCGAGAACACUGUCCAACCAUCUCGUCCUCUGUCGUCCCCUUCUCCUUGUGCCCUCAAUCUUUCCCAGCAUCAGGGUCUUUUCCAGGGGUCUUCUCUUCUCAUGAGGUGGCCAAAGUAUUGGAGCCUCAACUUCAGGAUCUGUGUUCGAUUGUACCUGUGUUUAAUUCUAGCCCAUUGUCUCUGCAGGUGGGAGCUUGCAGCAAUGACGACAAACAGCAACAUCAGCCGACCCAUCUUCUCCUCUCAUGGAUAAUCCAGUCUCCUGCUCCCCCCUCCCAGCUGCCCUCGGCCCCCCGCCUUGCAGACAUCAUCUACCGUCUCCUUCACUGUGCAUGAAUGUUUAGCCUAUUCAGGAAAGGGGCACUGCUUCACCUCCACAUAAGAGAUUUCUUUGUAGCCCAGCGCUAGGAGGGAUCUACUUGCCCAUCCUGCUGCCACACCUCUCCAGCUGCAACUUUGCCGAGACCUCGCCUUAAAGGCAGCAUGCAUGCAGAAUUGGACAGUGCGCUCUACAGAGAAGCAGUGCAGGUGCGCUCCUGCUCCUGCUGCUGGACACUACAGCUUACAUUUCUCUAUGGCGGUAGUACAACUUGAAUAAUAGGAACAAAAGAAACUCAAUCUCAGGACUAACUGGUGUAAGGCCAGCAUGUGCUUCGCAUAAGUCUAGGAUCAAAGGCAAACCAAGCAAGGACUUACCAAGACCCAAUUUCUCUACGUCCCUAGCCAUUUUGAGUGCCUGGCCCUCAUCAUUAACCCAAGGGCUGAACCAGGUGCCCUGUCUUAAGCCAUUUUCUCUGCUCCGCUGUGAGCUCAGAAAAGCAUGCCUGGUCUUACAUAUUUUGAAAUUGGACUGGGUUUGCCCUUCUCCAUUGGGCAUCCAGGGGAACUCCAUAUAUAUAUAUAUACGAGAUAAUCAAGCACUCGCUGCCUUUACAGUAGUGUGGACUUCUGUGAGGUCAGACUCUUUGCUUGGAAGAGGAGGGGGAAAUGAUGACAGCUCUGCCCGCCUAGGCAAGGAGUGGCCAUCCAACAUCUCAUAGGACUGAGUAGAACAGAGACUUUUCUGUGCCAGUUGCAGGAGGGGUCACUGCAAGAUCUGAAACGCUGCUGCCCAGUUUCGUGUGUACAAGCAGCACCUCUGAAUUUAUAAAUACGGGGGGCGGGGAAGCUAAACUUUGGUAGCCUUGUGUGUCAGUGCUUUUUGUAUGGCUGGAGGGUGAGUGAUGGACCCAUGCAAAGAGCUGGGGACACAGGGCCCGGAGAUUGCAAACUGAGCCUGAAAUCAGAGAACUGGUCUCACUUUGUGGCUAAUGGCAUGCACUGGGAAGCCAUCUGUUCAAAUCUUCCUUUGACCAGGACUUGCUGGAUGACCUUAAGCAAACUUCUCAGCUUCAGCCCCCACCUGAAAUUCAGGAGUAUUACUUGCCUGCCUUACGGAGAAGUCGUAAGGUUAAGUGAAGUGUUUCAUAUAUUCUAAAGUGCUAUAUAAAUGCUCCACAUUAUUUAAGAUAAAAUUGGGCUUCGUCGUCACCCUUAUUAAACGAGGCUUUCAGCCAGCCAAGACCACUCUGGUGCCUCAAAGCUGCCUGUCUCAAAUGUUCCAUUGACCUAUUUAACCCAGUAUCAAAAUUACACCAUUUUGGGUGGGGAGAUCAGAAGCUCAUCCCUUUUGCUUUCUUGUUACUUUUGUUACCCAAACAUAUGACCUGCUUUGUUUUCUUCUGUGUCCAUGAAGAGGUUGACAUCCCAAAAUGCUAGCAGGACCCCAUGGACUGGAAAAAGCAUGGGGGCAAGGAAGAGGAGAGGGUACAUGCAGUAGCUUUGACCCUGCUUAAUUCAUGCAUUACAUUCCCAGCCAAGCAUUGUACUCUGUGGGCUUAUCUGUGAUGCAAGGCAGCAGUUGGCCUCUUAACCUACAGUGCCUCUAGAAAACCGUGGUGUAAUGGACAAUGCCUUAAUGUUAGGUGGGUGUAUAUGGAUAUUCACAACUAUGAUGAGAAGAGUGUGUGUGUGUGUGUGUACACAUGUGUGAUGAGCACAUUAACCACAUUGCAAGAACACUGGAUGGAACAAAUGGGACCAAAACAAAAACAGUAGCCAAGGGUUUCAGGUGCACACAUAUCUUUGUUCCUCCGUUUUUUUCAUCAUGACAUGUAGGGCUGGUUCACAUAAGGUAUGUUCAUCACUUGAUGUGUGAAUAAGCCAUCACAGAACCAAGCAUUCUAUAGAGCAUUCUUAUAUCACCUUCCCAUGCUCAAAUAUAAUGCAGUUCCUUUGUUCAGCCGCCACUGACCAAGUGUGAAAAGUGCUUGUCGGAUUUUCAGUUUAUCACACCCCAGAUAACAAAAACCGGGACCCUUCCAAGUUCGAGCUUGCUCUUUUUGGCUUGCCUUCUCUUGUUUUCUCUGCUGCGUGGAUUUUAUUCUUUGACGGACUUUGAUCAAAUAACUGCAGAAUGCUUGCCGCCCAACAUUUACUUAUUUGUAAUUGUUUUCUGAAUUAGUCCUUGUCUACCUCACCCAAUUUGUGAAGAGCGUUUGCAGUUCUUUCUAGGAGGAAGACUGAUCUACAGUUUGCAGUUAAUUGUAUUGGCUUACUAGGCACACUUACAUGUUUAACUAUCUCUUCUGAGAUAUCUCCUUCUGAGAUGGUAGAUCAGACCUUGCUACUUCUGUGGCAAACUCAUCUACAAAUCCCAAAAUCAUAGCCUUGAGUUAAAAUAGCACAAAUUAGUCACUGGCAAAUAGUUAGUUUUAUAGAGAACAAACAGAAUGUCUCUAGUUCAAUUACAGCACCACAGAACCCUUAUCUGUGAUUUCGUCCCUAGUAACUGUGAUGAACUGUCUGUGGUCGUGAUAUAUACCCUGCUUCUAAAUGCAGUUGCUAAAAAAUGGUCCGGCUUCAUCCUAGUCUCAAAACUUCAGUUACUUAUUUGGGUUAAAAAUGGAAGCUAGUGUUUAAACACUGGCUACCUUUUUACAAUUUGAUUAAUUUCGUACUUCUCUGUGUCAAUUAUGAUUUAAAUAAUUCUUAAACUGAGAAAAUCGGACUUCCACCAUGAUUCCCAGUUGCGUGAGAAAUUUAUGCUACUUGGUAAUGAAGGUGGUGCUUGUGAACAGCCUGCUUCUCCAAGACAAGAAAGGCUUUAUAUAUGGUAGUUGAAUUUCCCUAAAGGUUUUGAUAGCAUGACCCUGAGUCUUAUUUUCUGAUUUGUGGCUUUUAAUCUCAUGGUCUGUUGUUACAGCUGUAUCUAUACUUUAUGUUUCAAUUGUUUGUGGUCAUUCCCUCUCUGCAAAGACCACUGGCAACUCUAGUUUGGGGAGGGAUCAUAGAAUCAUAGAGUUGGAAGAGACCACAAGGGCCAUCGAGUCCAACCCCCUGCCAAGCAGGAAACACCAUCAGAGCACUCCUGACAUAUGGUUGUCAAGCCUCUGCUUAAAGACCUCCAAAGAAGGAGACUCCACCACACUCCUUGGCAGCAAAUUCCACUGUCGAACAGCUCUCACUGUCAGGAAGUUCUUCCUAAUGUUUAGGUGGAAUCUUCUUUCUUGUAGUUUGGAUCCAUUGCUCCGUGUCCGCUUCUCUGGAGCAGCAGAAAACAACCUUUCUCCCUCCUCUAUGUGACAUCCUUUUAUAUAUUUGAACAUGGCUAUCAUAUCACCCCUUAACCUCCUCUUCUCCAGGCUAAACAUGCCCAGCUCCCUUAGCCAUUCCUCAUAAGGCAUCGUUUCCAGGCCUUUGACCAUUUUGGUUGCCCUCCUCUGGACACGUUCCAGUUUGUCGGUGUCCUUCUUGAACUGUGGUGCCCAGAGAUGAACAGAGAUAUAACAGAAUUCUAAGUAGCCUCCUCAAACUACACUUCUGAGAAUUCUUCGGGGAAAGCCAUGGCAAGUAAUCUAGUAUUUUUUAUUUUAUUUUUAAAUAAUAUUUAUUGAAGAUUUUAAAAUUAC